CGCGGAGCACCGAGCGCUCUCGGCUCCAUCUUCAGUCGACGGGAUCCCACGGCGGAUUCGGACGCCACAUCUCGCCUUGCAGCCCUGCAGCCACCCUCGCCCCGGGAAAAGCCGGGCGGGCUACUGAGGAGGGCCGAUCACCACGGGGAGGGCGAGAAAUCCCCGUUGCGAGAAAUAGGGCAGCUCCCCCCGCCGCCACCACCGGAACGCUUCCCACCCCUCUGAUCCCUUCCAGCGGCAGAGCAGAUUUGCAGGUGGGUCUUGGCGCGGCGCGGGGCCCCCAUGGCUUGCUGCAGUGAGGCGAGGGGAGGAGGGCCCCUGCUGGAGCCUUGGCGCCGGAGACGGCUGGGAAGACACCCGGGCAUGUGCCUUAAGAAGCUCGGUCGGCAAGCUUUCCCUCUCGGGGUUCUGAGGCUGCGGCUGUAAGGGGGAAAGGUUGCGCGUUGGGAAGUAGCCGCCUGUCCCGCCGCGGAGCUUGGGGAGAAAGCGGCUUCCCUGCGGCGAUCCAACCUGUGGGGUCGACCGGGCUGCGCGCGAACGCUCCCCUUCGUUGCCGCCGUGAAUUGCUCGGAGUGUUUCUGCGCUGCACCUUCACUUCGGCAAAGUGACUCCGAGCUGAGUAAUUGCGGAUCUUCAUUCCCGCACCCACCCACCCACUCGCGCUGUCUUGAUUUCCCCAGCCCGUGCAGUGAGCGCGCGCACACAUUCAAAUAUUAAUUGGAGGGGGGUCCGCGCGCGAAAAGGGGGUUCAGAGUGGGACGGGAGCGGUGGAGUCAGGAGACUGGCGGAGGGUUAAGAAAAGGAGCAAGCUCAGACCCCACGUGGAAGUCGAUCUGCAGCUGCUGCAAAAGGAACUGGCGUCUGCUCCCUUUGCUGCUUGGUCUGCCCACCCUCUCCCGCGGCGAUCGGGGAUUCUCGCUUGGGCCCGGGGCAGAAAGAGGCACGUCGCCCCCUGUGGGGCGGGAGGUGCCGUCGUCGUCUGCGCGCUUCUCAUGGGAGAGACUCGGCAAGGCUGUCUUCCCAGCCUUGCGCAGAGAGCGAUGGAGGCGCGGCGCGGGGUAGGGGCAGCUCGGAUUCGGGCUGGCCACGCGGCAGAUGCGGGCGGGCGGGGGGGGUCUGCUUCCGAGUCAGGCGUCCCCUCCUCCCACUGAGACUCUUUAGGGGUCCUUCUCGCCUUCCUUUACUCCCGUGGCAGAGAGAGGAGGCAAAGCUUCCUCGGCUUCACUUUCCCCAGCAAUCCAUGCGCGCGCACGGGGCUGGUGGAAGCAACGUACAGGUUGCAGCUAUGCGCUUGCAAGUUUCGUGCCUCGAGAAAAGGUUGGUGCUGCUGGCUAGUCUGGAUGGGACAAUCUGCGGAAGCCCAACUGGAGCUGGUGGCAUUAGCCGGCAUUAGCAACUGUAAUUCCACACGCACACAUCAACUCUUUCUCGCUGCCGCCCGCUCCCCCUCUCCCCGGGCAGAUUCUGCUAUUUUGAUUUCCUUUUCCCCGCCCAUCAACUCGCUCUCUCGCGCUUAUUUCCAUGACAACAGCGAAUGUCACAACUAAAAGAUUCUGUCUUAAUUGCAGGUUGGAGAGUGCAGGGGGGGAGUGUUGUUUUGAGAACAGGAGUUUUUAUGCUUCGAUUCAGAUCCGGGCUAAAGAUGCCUCUAAAAAGGGAACGAUCUCCAUAGACUAGAGGAUCUGCGCUCAGACGGUGCUUGGGGAGGCAUCUUGUAAGUUUAGCGGUUCUGUUUUGGUGCCCGAGUGGAGAUGCUGCCCGCCUCCCCUGGCCUUGUGGGUGGGAAGCUCGACCUGCGUUUUCUCGCAUGUGUGUUCCUCGGGCUACGGCGUGUCCCUCGCUUUCUUGUCCUUCGUUACAGAAACCCCCGGGGUUGGAGUGCGCAGCGCCACCAGCGUUCGCUGUGGUUCGCAGAAGAGCGCCCGCGGGGCUGCGUUAGCAAACGGAACUCAUCCGCAAGGAAGGAGGCGCGCUCAACUCCUUUGCCCUGGCUGUGGGUUUCUCUGUGUCUUUUUAAUCACCCGAUAAGCUGAGAUUCGAAGGGGUGGCUGCUGAGGCUUUAAAAUACCCCCAAUAUGCUCUCAUAUCCAGUUAACAUUAUUAAGAUCCGUACAGAACUUAGAGUUCAUUUUUGAUAAUAGAGUAGCCUUUUUGACUAGGGCUCCAGAGCAUGGAUAAAACAACUCACCAAGAAAACCUCUUCUAUAGAUAUAUAUUUGGAGUGGGGUGUAAAUAUCAUCUGGCAUUGUUUUGGACCAGCUCUGUAAAUCUCUGCUUUUCACAACCAUAAACAUUGUGACUAGCCAAAAUAAAAGAUCCCGAUUUUUUUUAUUAUUAUUUUUUGUUUUAAACCCACAAACUGAUGCCUGUAUUUGGGAUAUAUUAAAUUCAUUCGCAGUCAGUUAAAACCCAUAUAAUCCCAGUGCAGGGUGGGAAGUAUUUCAGAGGCCUCCUGCUUAUAUGGGCUUUUUCAGAGCCAUGUUGCCAUAUCCUAAAAGCACAUCCGCCUUAAACAUACUGGAUUACUUGAUGUAGAACACCAUGUCAAACUAGGGAUACAAGAAGGGCUAAUUAAUACAUGCUGAAGAGGGUGGAUCUCACUUCAUGUGCCUGUUGGCACCCUGAAAGAGGAAACUAUGCCAUCUGAAACAGAAGAUCCCUUUCCUGCCAAUUCAUAUUGGAUUCCUUUCCUACCUUUGCCAUAUUAGCAUCAUUUGACUGAGCUAGGGAUAUUGGAGUUGCAGAAGAAGACUCCUUCCACCUCUGUGCCUCCCCAAAUGCUCAGGGACUCUGAGCAAACCUUGUAUACAAAAGUAAGAGAACUCUGUUUGGGCUCACCCCUAGGCUUUGGGUCCCAGCAGCUGCAAAUGACAUGCACUGUUUUCGUUAUCAGUAGCAGUGUGAACCAAUUAAAGGAUUUUUAGUUGAUUGAUCAUCUGCCUCUUUAAUUAGCAGAUUAACUAUAGCUAGUUAUAAUGUGAUUGAGUUUUCAUAUUACAAAACAUCAUUAAUAGGUGCCAAAGAGCUACCACUUGUUCUUAAAAAGACUGUCUUUAAUAUUUUUCUUGUGACUCUUAAAGGUAUUAACAGGAUGAGAUGAGUUGCAGUUAUUCUCAAAAGUGGACAAGUGUGCCAUUAAUCUGAAGUCGCCUGAUUAAAAAUUACAUUCUCUGGUUACAAUUGGCUCCUGGAAGCUUUAGAUAAUUGGUCUACUUAUUAAAGCAUGUGGCCCUUGCUGUCACGUUUCACUUUCCACAGAGCUGCCAAUGAGCCCCUUCUGAUUCCUCCCUGUGGAGCCCUGUGGCCUAUGCCCAUUGUUGGUUAUUCCCAGAACUAUGUUGGAUUUGCUGCCUUCACAGUGAUUGUGUGCCCCAAAAGACACUUCAGCUCAGAAUUCCUUAAACCAAAAGGAUAUAUAGUGAGGGGUUUUAAGUAAACACUUUAAUGGAUCAUCUAUUAAGGACUGAGCUUAGAAAACAAAACAAAAAAUGGCUGCACAGAUGCACUUUUAAAAUAUAAUAUGUGGAGUCCAAUCCUAUGCAUGUUUACUCAGAAGUUAGCCCCAGUGUCUUUUGUGUGGUUCACUAUCUGAGAAGUGUGCAUAGGAGUGCAGCUUUAAGAAUUAGUUGUGCAACAGUAGCACCUUCCUGUGACAAUGAAUAUGGAUCUUACUGAAAAAUCUGCCACAUGGGUGCAGACUCAUAACAUACAUAACCGGUACAUCCUCCCCACAGAAUGUCCUUUCAGGUAUAUUUUAUAAAUGCUGGAAAGUUUCCGGAACCAAACCUUUCUUUGGCUUUCUGCUUCAGGACAUCUCCUCCUUCUCCCUUACAUUCUGAAAAGGAAAGAGGGCUCACCUAGUCUUACUAAAUUAAUUGAAAGUUGGGUGCAAAUGAAUACAAGUGCAUCUGGGCUCAAGAUAAGAGAGAAUCCUAUGUUGGAUGGAAAUCAGCUUUUUAAAAAAGUACAAUGUUAGGCAUAGCACCUUGUACACAGAGAGAGAUGGGGAACCCUUGAGUCAGCAAGUGCCGUUGCAGCAAAUACACACACAAUUCCCGCCCUUUCAGCUAUCAUCUAUGACUUGGCAGAGCUAGAAUUCCCCAAACCCACCUCCCAGCCUAUCAACUCAAAUCCAAACAGGCAUGUGGAAAAACAUGUCAUCUUUCAAAAUUCACAUGUGUUUUAUAAAGAUUUGUGAACUGGAAUGGGCAAGUCACCUGGUGGCGUGUGCCUUUUCUGCAGAAUCUGCCUGGAUCCUUCAAGUUGUGUUUUCACAUGCAUUUCUUCAUUAAGGGGUUAAGCAUUGCUAUGAGCCACAAUGACUGCGUACUACUAUCCAGUAUCAGAGGUAGAAUGCUUUUGAAUUCCAGUUGUUGAAGAGCACAAGUGGGAAGAGUGGUGUUGCACUCAUGUCCUGGUUUGCAGGCUUUUUGUAGGCAAUUGGUUGGCCAUGCUGGAAAGCAGGUUGCUAAACAAGAUAGGCCUUGGGGUCUGAUCCCACAGGGAUCUUUUUGUGUUCUUAUGAUUCCAUAGGAUUGGUCCCUAGGUUCCAUAGGUUUGGCUGCACAUUUUUUUUAAUUCAUGAGCUUUCUGAUAUAGCCCCUUCCUCCAUCAUCCUGCAUUGUGAAUGACAGUUGAGUUGUAUUCAUGCAGAUGGAUUGUGCAGUUGGCACAUAAAAUGGCUUCAAUCACAUGUGCAGAUCCAGUGAUCUCCUACUGUAAUGGAGGGUGAGGGGAGGACCUGUUCUGCCCCUCAUUUAUUUUAAAGCCCAAACCUGUAGCUCAGCUUCACAAACCUUGGUGUAUUUUGCUUUCAUGGCCCUGGGGUGCCUUCUUUCCCCCAAGGCGCUUAAGAUAAAUACUGCAUACGGAGCUCUUGACGCAUUUCACAGACAGAGUUCACUGUUGAGAUGAAAAGCCCUCAGCUCAGGAAUAGAUUCAGGAUGGAGACGGUCUUUCUUUCCGCAGUUGAAAGAGGUUUGAAAUAAAGGUAGCUGCUUUCGGUGGGUACAUUUCAUCCCACUUCUGCAGCCACUAAAGAGAUUUUGCAAGUUCCUGUAUUGUUUAAAAAAAACACAAAAACCCAACCAGAAUUCAGAGUGAGUCAAAAGAAACGUGUGGGUAGCGCUUGCCAUGGGAAGUGAUUCCUCUCUAAAACCCAUGCAAAAUACUCUUUUAAAACGAUUCCUUUUCUCCAACCUCAGUUGGUAGAAGCGGCUGUUGGCAUCCCUUUGGGGUAGUGAAAUGCACAGGUAGGGAGAGAUAUUUGCUCCACGUAGCUGCCAGCAGACUGACUUACGUGGGGAAACAAUCCUUGCAUUUACUUGGUUCUUUUCCUAAGUGUCUGGGAACACAAGAACAUAGGAAGCAUCACAGGAAGUCAAACCAAUGGUCUCUUGAGAUCUGUCGUGUCUAUACUGGCAAGAGGCUCUCGUAUUGUUAAGGCCCGUCUAUAAACAGCACAGUUUCCAGAAGAUGUGUGUAAGAAGGCAGGGAUGGUUCCUUGCAAAACUCUACAGGUAGAGAGUUCCAACUGAUCCUCAAGGGCUUGAGAAACACCAGAAGUUCUCCAUCAGAGGAUCUCAGUGGCAGAGGUGGAGCAUAAGGAAUCAGACGGUGCUUAAGGUAAUGUUGGGUCCAAGCUGUUUAGGGCUUUGUAAAUUAACACAAGGACCUUAAACCUGGCAUGAUAGCAAAUCAGCAAGCGGUGCAUAUCUCUUGGCAGAAUAGCAUGCUGCCAGUAAUCUGCUCUUGUGAGCAGUCUGGCUGCUGCAUCCUGCACUAGCUGCAGCUUCUGGACCCCAUACAAGGGCAGCCCCAUAUAAAGGGCAUUACAGGAGUCCAGUCUUGAGGUCACCAAUGUAUGGACCACUUGGGUCGGAUUAUUGCCCACCUCAUCAUUUCCCAUUUAAUGGAGAAUCAGAGCCUUCAAGGAGAAGCAGAGGAAAGCCAUCUUGGCACCCAAUCUGUGAACAGUUAAUGUUGUGGGUCUGUUUAGAUACUGCCAAGUCUGUGUGCUAUCUCAGCACCUGGUGUGAAAACCACCAGCUCAGCCUGGCCUUGUUGGCAUGCUUGAGUUCCUGACAGAGAUAGGUCUUUGCCUAGGCAGGGGGAGAGCAAGGCAGAAGGGUUUGAAAAGACGUGGCUUGCGGAAGAUACAGAUAUACAUGCAUGUCAGUAAUCUGCAUAUCUGUCUGCUUGCCUGUUUUGUUAUUAAGAUGUUGGGGAAGGGUUAAUUAAUGAAUUAUAUAUGCUUCAACUUUGAUCCAUCCUGGUUUAUUAAUAUGCAAGGAAACAUAUGGUAAAGGGCUAAACGAAGGAGAACAGCCCAUUUUUAAAUGUCUAGGCAAUUGCUCUUUAUUUAUAUAGUCAGCCCACUUGAGAGAAUCAUGAAGCCCUGAGAAUUUGGAAUUUAGUAAUGCUGUUGGCUUCCCUCCUCCUAGGGCAGUGGUUCUCAAGCUUUUGUCUCUGGGAUGCAUUUUCAGAAUAAAAAUUUGCUUGCGCCUCUCACUUAAUUUUUUAUUGAUAAGAAAUACAUUGGAAAGCAAAAAGUAACAACUCCUCGCAGUGCUUGAUUUAUAACAUAGAACACAACUACUUUAUAAUGCGAUCAUGGGCAUGCAGAAAGUAUAAAAACAAUGCAGCUACAUUAGAUCAUGAAUCAUUCCCAGUAAGAGGUGUGAGCUUGCUUUUGCCGGGUAAUCUCAUUUAUAUUAGGUCUAAUUUGAGACAAACAAACUCUUGUCUCCUCAUCAACACAAAGAAGCUCUUUUCUCUUUUCUGAUCUUUCAUAUUUGUCAGAAUUGAAAAUCCCUGUUCAGAACAAUAUGUCAUGGAGAACUGUAGAAGAAUAGCCAAUGUGCUUGAAGAGAGGUGUGGACAUAUUUAAAAUUAUUUUGAGACUAUGCUAUACUAUACUAUACUGACAUGUUGAAAUGUUUCUUUGAUUGUCUUUGAAUCUUACUGCCACACUUGCCAUCUUCUCCUGCCACACCAAUGUGGCGUGCCACACCCUUUCUGAACCACUGUUCUAGGGGGAAGCCAUCUCUCAGGGAGGGGGUCUGGGCCUCUGACACUUCACAGUGAAACCUUUUGCUCCUACUGUAUCUCUGAAACUGCAGAUUAACAUUGGAACUGAACCUUAGAUAAACAAAGUUAUCACUUAGGAUCAGCUCUACUAGGACAUCAAGUGGCAGAUUUUGGGGGUAAUGGUACAGAAAAGCAAAAUGUCAAUCAAUAACUUAGUUUGAUAUAUUUCCCAAAAUGGGAUCACCACUUGGCUUUUCUGCAGGCAGCAAAAUGUCUCUAGUUAUGAUGACCAACAGCAAGCUUGCUCAGUAGCAUGUUACAUAUUUGAUGCCUGCAGAGCCUCUGUCUUCAUAAAGUCUAUAGAAGUGGAUUGUGCCUUUUCUUCUCGCCCGAUCCUGGCAACAAACAAUGUAAGACUUAAUCCACAGGACGACUCCUGCAUGGAAUGUGAUGGCUGCAUAAAGGUGACCAUGUUUUGUUUGGAAAAAAGUCCAGUGGGGUAGCGAUAUGACUUUUGUUACAGCAAAAACAAAUGCCUUAUUAGAUAAGGUGUCACAAGACACCUUGAGGAAAUGUUUAUUUUAGCUGAAAGGAUAAUUCACAAAUCACAAGCAUAAUUCACAAGUGGACUUUAUGUCCGUGGAUUUCAGGAUGCAGGCUGGAGUGCUUAUGGUAGUUCAAGAUCAAAAAGGUCUAUUUGAUUGCUCACCUCCCUGUAAAAAAAUUAUCUCCUGUGAUACAGGAUUCACACUUGUUCAAGGCAGGUGCUCUGGGUCUGGGAAUUCUGGCUGCAGUGACUCAUUACAACUUGUUAAAAGAGGUCCAAAGGGAAGCCAGUUUUGCAAAUCUAAGGGCAUGCAGCUACAGUAUUUGAAAUGAAACAGUCAAACUUAAAGUGGCUUCUCUCUUGGGUACAGAUAAUUUAUAAACAUGGCUGAAGAUCAAAUGUGCCAGCCAGCAUCUGAUCUGAUCUUAAGGAAAAUAUCCCCCUAAGAACUCCUUCAUGAAGCACUCAGCCAUUUAAAUUCAAUCAAAGUCAAUAUAUUGGCAUAAUGAGUGGUACAAAUGUUGGCGAAGUGUGACAGAAUGCUACAUUCGUCCCCCCAAAAAACCUGCGAUGGGGAAACACGAAGUAGAUAGGAACAACCUAUACGCAACAGAUUUAAAGCCUUUUGCUGUGACCAGAAUCUUUUGUGUGUGAUUUAGGGAGGGUGGGCUCAUUUAUUCCACUUUGUAGCUUGUUUCGCUGAUAUAUUCAACUGAUUCUUGGGAAACUGAUUCCAUUUUAGGACUUUUAUGUUCAAACUAUAAAUGUCAAUUGCUUUGUUCAAGCUCAUUUGUUCUCCUAAGGUACGUGAUUCAGUUAUGACUCGCAUUACAAAGUAUACUAGGUUGCCUGCCUGCUACCAAUGUUUUGUUUUUGUACACUGCUCUGUUAAAAAAAAAAAAGGUUUUCAUGGUCUUCCCUGAAGAUAGACUGAUUUAUUUUCAAGUUAAUUGAGAGCCAAUGUGAUAACUCAGUUAAAGAGUGUUAUAGAUUUAAAUCCCUGCUCAGCCAUGAAGUUCACUGGGCAACCUGGGGCUAGUCACUAUGGUUGCUCUACAUACUUACACAUUCUUAUAUGUCAGGGCUUUUUUCAAAUAAACCUGAAAACCAGUUUGAUGGGGCUGGGGGUGUUUCAGAGUCUCUGUGCAACCUUAGCUCCUCGGAGAAGGAGUGGAAGAUGGAUGCUUAUUCUGAAUAAUUACUAGUGUUUUCUCAAACUGGGAUGGCGGGACAUUUUCCCAGGGCUCAGGUUCAAGUGGAAGAGCGGGCAAAGGCCAGGCCUAAAUGGUACCAUCACUCCAUGACAUUUGGAGUUUUCACGCCAUGCCUUUACUUGUCUGUAAUGUGCAUAUCAUGUGCGGGUGGUGUGUUGAGUCUCCCACUUUCCAGCUCAGCAUGGCAUGCUGUUCUAAUUGUGUGGGAAGUGAAACAUCACGUGGCACAUGGCAUGGAAGGAAUUUUUAUUUGUCUGCCAGAGCGGUUUGUGCAGUGGCCAGAAGGCCAAGCUUAUGAAAACAGUCUAGCCCUCUUGCUGCCUAUCAUGGUCUGUAAAAGCACUUGCACAAAGGGAGGGAGACCAAGGUCUGCCUGUGCAAGGUAGCUAUAUUAAUUAAGGGAAGAGUCUAUGGAAACAAAAGGCAACCUUUCAAUGCUGCCUGUCUCUCUUGGUAUAUGAUGCUUCAACACAACACAACACAACACAACACAACACAACACACACACACCACAGUAGACUACUGUGUAGCAGAGAUGGAGAGCCUGUGGCCUCCAGAUGUUGUACUCCAACACCUGCAUCCUUAACACCAGGCCAUGCUGGAUGGGCCAGAUUGAAGUUGGGAGCCCAGCAAUAUCUGAACAGUCAUGGGUUCCCCAUUCCUGAUGCAGAGCAAACACCACACUUGUCAACAUUACACUCCAGUUUCUAAACUGGCACCUAGCAAUGCGGUAAGUGUAACAUUUAGACCUAACUGAAGACCAGGUAGUAUCUGGAGGAUUGAGGGAACAGAGCCAGGGUGUACUGUUCUUUCUUCCUCUCUGGCACAGCUUUUAGGCGCCAGGAUCACUUGCUAAGCAGCUACUGCCAAUUCCAUCCUUUUCCCCAAUCCUUGUAUGUGGCAGUCAUGCAGAAGGCGGGGGAAGGAAAGGCAAAGCCCAGAGAGAAUUCUCUCAGCAACAAUGAGAGCUAGGUGGGGGUAGGUGUGCCUCUUGCAGUUAUUAAUAUUGCACAUUUGGAGCAAUAGGGUGAAUAAAAACAUGACUCUUCUGGGAAUAAAAAUUGUCCAGACCAAAAAUAUGGUUCCAAAGCUUUAAUAACAGAACUUUCUUCAAAACAGACUUACAACAAUAGCGAUACGUUCAAAUAGUUGCAAAAAAUAUGUGCUUGUCCAAACAAAUGUACAUCUUCUUAGAAAUGUAAAAUUACUCCAAACAGAACUGAAAUCAAAGUUAUUUCUCUCCAUGCAGCCUGCAUUCCAGCCUGAGGCUGUUCUCUCCAGGAGAGAAUCAUCAGCGCAAGGUGGCUUGAGAACAAAGACAACUCCCACAAAAUGGAGAUUUGCAACUGAAUACCCCUCCCAUGUAAUCUAAGUUAAACAGCACAUAAGAGAGUAGCAGAGAUACAUUCUCAGUUAAUUAUCAGCCUGUUUGGUGCUCAGAGAGCUUCACUGGAAAUUUCCAUGCUCCUUUUAGCAAUACACAUACAGAGCUAUUUUCCAUUUACAAUUAAACAAUUACGCUUAACAGUGCCCCCCACAAUUUGAGUUUUGAAACAGCAACCACAAAUCUCCAGUGUGUGUGGUUACUAAUUACACAGUACUUGUUAAAAGCCUAUCCUCUGAUGAAGUUCUCUGCUAAUUCAGUAACUCUGUUAAUGACUCAUUUUUGUCUCCCCAAACCUGAUGCCCUCCAGGUGUUUUGGACUACAACUUCCAUCGGCCUCGGUUGACUGGGUCUGAUGGGAGUUGUAGUCAAAAACACCUGGAGGGCACCUGGUUGAGGCACACUGGCCUACAGUGUGGUGCCAAAAUAACUUGAACCAGCCCAUUGCUAGAGCAGUGGUAAUUCUCCUUCUUGUAUGCAAUCAUCUCUCCCCACAUUGCCCUGAUGACUCUCAGUGUUCCUGCUGCCUUUUCUCAGCAUGUUCUCUUGCUGCUAAGCCCAGGAGAACAGUAACGGAAGGCAGUGUUUGAAGUAAGAACAAGCUGCUGAUUUAUAAAACAGCAUCUUUCUGCUACUCCUCUCCUUAGUACUGCCUAGCAUCCAACUUGGUGGUGUGGUUUUUUCCCCUGUUGGCGCGCCUAUGAUUGAUGUUAGCAAUGCCAUUAGAUUUGGUACAGGCAAUUUUGGAGGGGUUCGUGUGUGUUCUGUCUCUGCCUCUUGCUAUUUACCUCUGAACUCUCGGAGCAAAGUUAAGACAGCAGCAUGUGGAUGGGAUACCAGCAAGGAGCAUCUGUUCAAAGAAACACAGUGAGGAAAUUCCAGCAUGGGGUCAGUGCUGGGGCCCCAAGCCUCUCUCUCCUCACCCCCCCCGCCUUCACUGAUAUGCCAAAUUCAUUGUUUACACUCACCUGCAUACACAGAGUAGUAGUGUACGCAAUGUGUGCCUUCCCACGUAAGCAGAUUUUAGGGCAAUAAAUGCACAUUUGUUUCUCACUUCUUACUCAUCGGCCCAAAAAGUUAGUCACUCUUAAGAAUAUUUAAUAAUAAUAAUAAUAAUAAUAAUAGAUAUUUUCUUUUCAUAGCACUAUAAUGGCAAUAUUUUGCAACAAGGGGAGAUGUGAUCCUGUAGAAAAAUCGCUUUUGUAUACUCAUUGGAGGUUUUAUGAGAUAAGGGUUUUGCUUUUAUCUGAAUUCACAUUGUGGAAUGUACAGAAUUAACUGUCUAUAUGCUACCUUUACUUGCUCCUAGGACAUGUAAGAGGUAAAAAGUUUCCACAAUAGGGCUGCAGUUGGCUGGACUGUGAGUUACAUUCUGUCAAAGCAAGCACUGAGUUAAGAGUGGCCAGGAUCAUUGGCUAGAGGAAGAACUUAGUAUCUCAAAAUUAUCUUUUUAACGUUAAAGCAACCUGGUAGAGUGAACAGUCUGAUUUAUAGUAAGAGCAGCCAAGUUAAGUUUAUUAUAUAUUAAAUUUAAAGCUAAGCAUGACCGCCCAUUUUUAAUUAUUUGUUGAUCAAAGACAAAAGACAUCUUACGUACAUUGUUUUACUUGGAAGUGGUGCCUGUACUAUUUUGUACCGUGCUUUGCCACAGCUAUUAGCGGGUGAAUAGAGGUUUAUCAUUAACUUGCAAUUUAAAUAUAUGGUGGCAGUGAGGAAACAGGGUCAAACAAAUAAGUAAAGGGGAGUAAGAGCUGAAGUGGAGUGGGAUAACAGGAGUUAAUCCUUGACAGUUUGGUGGCAGCAAACUGGGAUUAUAGUAAGAGUAGCUAUAAUAAUCUUUUAACAAGUGGUGGCAUCACUGUGGGAUAAUAGAGGAAUCCUUUACAGAUUCUUCCUGAAGCUAUUGCAUUCAUUGCUGCUGUGAUGGCUGUGCUGGACCACAUAUGUUUGAUGGUUUAUUUGGGAGGGGAGGGUAAGAUACGAGGGCCUAACUGUAGCAUAGGCCCCCUACACAGUCUGUUGUUGCAUCCGCACAUAAUAGAAUAUUUAGAGGGUAGUGCCAGGAUCACUAAAAUGGUACCCAUGGAUGCAGAUGUGGCCAUGGAAGCUUUCCUUGAUGCCUGCAGGGUCCCCUUUGCCCCCUGAAAUUAGACUUGAAAGAAGCACUGUAUUAUAGCCAAUAUACUUGCUGGCAGUCUGUGCUUGGUUGCUGGUGUAUGUGGUGACCACGAUAGUUUCUUUGAUAUGCAAAUCUGCACAGGGUAGAGGAUGUUGGCAUUAAAGCAGUGAACACUGCAACCCAGUGCAUUUCUGCUCAGCGCUACGUCCCACUGUAUUAAAUGGAGCUUGCUCCCAGGCAAGUGAGGAAUAGGACUACAGUCUUAGCAAAGGUACAAUAGAAAGAGCUGGCUGCCAUUUGGAGUACAAUCGGAGCCAGCCCUCCCUUGAGGCGGGAUGAAGCAACCGCCUUAGGUGGUGGAAAUGCAAGAGGCAGCGCCCCGCCCGCCCCACUGCCUCUGGAGAAGCAACCAAGGUAAGGGAGGCUGAGGCUGAGUAGCACAGCAUUCUGCCACCCAGCUUUGCCACCGGUCUCCCCCCACCCCUAGGGGCGGAGAGGCACUGGCGGCAAAGCUCUGGAGAAUGCCUCCCCUCUCGCUGAGCUGCUGAGGCAGGAGGCAUUCUGCCACCCAUCUUUGCUGCUGGGCAGGAAGGGAGAUUCUGCCGAAGCUUCCAUGCUCAGCGGCAAGGCUCUGCAAGGACUUUUCCUUGAGGGGGAGCCCUUGCAGAGCAUCACACAAGCACACUAUUGCAGGGAUGCUUUGCCUCAGGUACCAAAACAUCUCAGGCCACCCCUGAAUGCGGUUGGGCUGAUCAUUUUAAAGAAAGAGCCUUAGAGUUGAAUGUUUUUUCAUCCGUUCCCACUCAUUUGUGUCUGAAAUCCACCAGGUAGAGAGUGUGCCUUUCCCUUACAUCCUCAUGCUGAUUAAUCUCCCAGACUGACUGUAAAACUGAAAGAUAGGACGCUGUUUUCCUGUCAUGUGGUGAGAAGGGUCUCCAUCUUGUUGUGUUGCUAGCAAGAAGGCAAGGAUGUUCUUACAGGCGGCUUGGAAAUGGUUUUAGACAAAAUCAUUUCCAUGUCUCUGAAUUCCAGUUGCUUAGGUGCCACAGCACAGACCCGUGAACCAAAUGUGUGUGAAAUUUGCAUAUGCUAAUUUAUAUGUAUGAAUGCCUCUGAGAAAUCGAGACGGUGGGUGCCACAAGCCCUGAUCUAAAGUUUGACAUGGGGGAAACAGACAAAGGAGAGGAAAAUGUAGGGAGGGAUAAACAGCCGAUGAAUAUGCUGCUAUUUCCAUUUACGAGUGCUUAGGCUUCGUUACAGUAAGAGUGGCUGUAGAGAGCGUAGGAACGAGCAGUGUUGGGUCAAAAGCUGCAUGGACAAGGUGGUUUUGGAGGAGGGGGCAUCCACAGGUGCUCUGGCAAGCUGCUCAAGGCAGAAGGGGCAUCAAAGGUGAAGGGGGGGUGUUUGAGGGAGGGGGCGACCAAAGAGGAAAAUUGCAUCAUCUGAAACAGGGAUUCCCAGACUUGGAUCUCCAACUGUUUUUGGACUACAAUUCCCAUCAUCCCUGCCCACUGGUCCUGCUAGCUAGGGAUGAUGGGAGUUGUAGUCCAACAACAGCUGGAGACCCAAGUUUGAGAAACUGUGAUCUAAAAGCAGAGGAUACAGAUUUGAAGAAUGCAAACUUAUUUAAAUAGAGAUACAUCUCACUUAGCCUAGUGAGGAAGACUGUGCCCAGGUGACUCUGUGUGCCCACUCAGCCUGCUCCCCUGGUGCUAGUGCUGGUGGGGAACUUCAAGAUCCUCCUGCUCUCCCUUCUUCUUUAAGGUGGACUUGAACUGGACAACCCUUCAAAUGGAGGACUCGCUACUGUAAAGUAGGGCAUGUGGCCACCUUAUGCGGGUGAUGAAGCAGAGGAGCAAACGACAUAAGAGCAGCCAGGUGAUGGAGGGGCAAGGGAGGUAUUUCAAGGUAAAGAUGAGGAGCUCAGACUGGGUCCAGGUAGCCUGAAGAGGGAUGUCACAAUCUUCAGUAGAUAGUCCUAUGAUCUCAUCUGGGCUACAGCAAGACUUCUCCUCUAUAAAUAUUUAGAUUAGACUUCCACCGCCACCGAUCAUUUUUACAGCUCUGUCCCUCGAUUUAUCAGUGUCUUUCAGGAGGGGCAAGGCUUCAUCGCAGCCCAGCUUCCCUGGUGAAAUAGCUGUAGAGCUGUGUACAGCAGGGCUGAUGCUUCACACAUUCAUGAUGGAAUGCUUCCGCGUUAGCAAAAUGACACAGGCUGUUAUUUUUCUUUUUUCAGCUAUAUUUCAUCCCUGGAAAUGCAAGCAGUGGAUUUUUUUUCUUUUUUCUUUUAAAGGAUUCUAAGCAGUGCUGGGAAAUUUUUAGCGCAGCAGCAGCAGCUGGGGAUGGAGCAGGGAGUGGGUGGACCCUGACUGAAGCGGCAGAAUCCAGACUUCCAAAGAAAACCAGAGAAAGAUGGGGCUUAUUCACUCUUCCUCUGGUCGCACUGCUCCCUGCUCCGCCCCCCAGGGAAACGCUCUUUAGAGCUCAGUCGGAGCAAACAGCAAUUCCAGUUUUCUCUGGAUUGACAUUUGCUCCCAUUUAGACCUAAAGAAAAGGUUUUUCCUGGGAAAGGAGCAGGGAAUUGGGGAAACUACUCGGAUCCAUGCGUUCUAGGCACGGGAUAAGCGGAAGUGUUGGCAAGCCCAUAGAUGGAUGAAGUACCUAACUGAGCAAUCCUGACUAUGUGAAUUAAAAGCAAAUCAUGCUUUAGGGCAAUGGAAGACUGAUUUCCUUCUUGCAAUCUAUCGUUUUACUGUCCCACAAUUGUCUUGGGCCAGAUUCAAUGAAAUACAGUGGUACCUCGGGUUACAUACGCUUCAGGUUACAUACGCUUCAGGUUACAGACUCCGCUAACCCAGAAAUAGUGCUUCAGGUUAAAAACUUUGCUUCAGGAUGAGAAGAGAAAUCGUGCUCCGGCGGCGCGGCAGCAGCAGGAGGCCCCAUUAGCUAAAGUGGUGCUUCAGGUUAAGAACGGACCUCUGGAACGAAUUAAGUACUUAACCCGAGGUACCACUGUAGUUGAGCUAGUAAGAGCCAUUACAAUGCAUCCUGCUAGAGCAGUGGGUCUUUCCCCCUCACCCCAAUGUGUCCUCUCCCCAAAUUGGUUCUGGGCUAUUGGGAUAACCCUUAGAGCAGCAUGGAGCGGGAGGAGAAGGGACAUAAUUCCAUCAGCAGAAGCAGAAAUGCGCUAACAGAGAGGUUGGCCUAGUGCAAGAGUGAAUUCUACCCCUUUAAAUUUACAAAGCUAGAGUGUGUUCUCCAGAUCAGGACCAACCCAAGGCAGUUUGUUGCCUGAGGCGAAAGACAAGAUGGCACUCCUGACCGCUGCCACGCACACACAAUCUAGAUGGACCUGCUCUGCCUAAUGCUGGGCUGCCCCUGCUCCAGAUCUCCUAAAAGUAAACUAAGUCUUAACAAUUGAUCCUGAUCAAUUGAUCCUUAAUUGAUCCUGAUGAUGCACUCUUGCUUAACAAUCUUACUGAACUGGACAGAUGUUCACCAUAUCCAACAUCCUUUGGAAUCCACAGGAUGUGAACUUUCUUAGCCCUGUGUCAUUUUUGCCGUUAUUAAUCAAUCCUCCCAUUUUGUACCAUUGUCUGCCACAUCCACUUGCUAAGUCUUGUUUCAAAAAGAAUGGUGAAAUACUGAGGAUAGAUGGUGUGUGUGUGUGUGUGAGAGAGAGAGAGAGAGAGAGAGAGAGAGAGAGAGAGGUUGCUUAUAUAGGCAAAGGACCCGUUCUGGGGUCGGUGGAAGCUUGGGCUUCCCCUGCCUCUGCCCUGCGGCUAAAAAGAAAGCCAAGACAGAGAGCAGGAUCCAUCCCGCUAGCUGUCUUGGCUUCUGCCAAAGCCGCGCGCAGCCUCUCCCGGUGGGAGAGGUUGUGCAUGGCUAAAGAGAUCCCGCUGGCUGUCUUGGCUUCUUUGCUCUUUGGGGCUGGGGGGGAAUAUUUUUUUUUCUUUAUUUCCCCCCAAAAAACUAGGUACACUCUAUGGUCCGGUGCACCCUAUAGAGCGAAAAAUACGGUAGCUCUUCAAACAUCAAACAUAUCCCUGGGCUUUUAUACUGGCCAUUACAGAAGUGCACAAAUUACCCCUACAUAUUGACAGUCUUUUUCAAUACAGUCGUACCUCAGAAGUCAAACGCCUUGCAAGUCGAAUGUUUUGGCUCCCAAACACCGCAAACCUGGAGGUGAGUGUUCCGGUUUGCAAACAUUUUUUGGAACCCGAACAUCUGAUGCGGCUUCCGAUUGGCUGCAGCCAAUCGGAAGCCACAACUUGGUUUCCGAACAUUUUAGAAGUCAAACAGACUUCCGGAAUGGAAUCUAUUUGGCUUCCAAGGUGCAACUGUACACCUCAGAGUAGGCUUGCCCCUCUCCCCACAAAUAACGGCCAUAAGCAGACGUCCAGUCCAGAUAAGAUGGAAGUGCUGUGCAUAGUGGUUUGUUUUUGCCCAGGGGAGUGAUCCUACACUAGACAAAAUUGCACUCCCCCCGAAGGAGCAGGUUUGCAGCUUGGGAGUUCUCCUUGAUCCAUCUUUCUUGUUAGAGCUACAAGUUGCUUCAGUGGCAUGGAGUGCCUCUUACCAGUUUAGGUAUGCCAGGUUUGACCCUACCUGGACGGAGAUAGCCAUGUGCCAUUAUUCAUGCUUUGAUAACUCCGGGUUACACUACUAUAAUGCACUAUACUUGGGGGCUGCCUCUGAACUAUGUUUUCUUCUGCAGAAUGCAGCUAGUAGAUUGCUGACUGGAUAUUAUAAUCAUAAUAUUAUAAUAAUAUUAUGCCUGUGCUAUGCCAACUGCACUGGCUCACACUCAUUUCAGUUCAAAAUGCUCUUUUUUACCUUUUGAAGCUCCUCAUGGCUUCAGAUCAUCAGUCUCUAUAUUUGCCUUCCUGUGGAGGCCCUUCUGUGAAUGCUCUCUCCAUCAAAUGUGAGUUGGGUGGAUACCAGAGAGCCUUCUAAGUGGUGGUGCCCCAGUUCUGGAAUACUCUUUUCAGAAGGUUUGCCUGGCACUUUUUUGUCAUUUUCACUUUCUUGGUGUUUUUAGAUGUGGGGGGUUUUCCUUUAUUUUAGAAUACAGCUCAUUGUUUUAUGCUGCUUUUGUAAGGUUGUAGCUUUCAGCUGCUUUUGUUGUUGUAGUUGUGUUUUAAUUGUUCUUUUUCGUAAAACCGCCCUGGGAAUGCAAUUGAAGGAUGGUAUAAAUAUAAGAAAGGAAUAAGUAAUCAAUACACACAACCCCCGAGUGAUUCUUCUGGCAGCCUUUCUAGAUCACUUCUCAUCUCUUUUGGCCUUUUGAAUACACUUGUAUUUCUGCUAGUCCCUGUGCCUUCACAUUUGGUCUUUGGCACAAAUUGAAUUAGUAUGCCUCUCAUGCCUGCUUCCCCAUCCUUAAUGAAGAUGUUAAUGGGGCUGGAGCUGAACCCUGAUCUCUGCUAAAGUUCUUUUUCUUUAGUCUUAUGCAUCAAUGCUAAGCAUUAUCCUGUAACCUUGGGGCUGUCCCUGGAGUCAUGUCUGAGUUCAAUGGAAGCAGAAAGCAUUAACCUCUCAUCAGAAACGAGUGUAGAUAACAUGCUGCAUCUGGAGGAAACCCUAUUCAAGCCAACACAAUCAAAUUCUGCAAGUGAGGCUCCCUUCAGAUGCACUCAAAAUGCUGUAAUAAAAUUCCGGUCUAUUAAACAAUCCUGCUUAAGAAGUUGCAUGAGACUUUAAUGGACUAUUUAGACUACAGAAUUAUAAUGAUGGGAGACAUGAAUGGCGUAGUUUCCACAAAUAUGGAUAAAGCACAGAGACAAGUAAUUUCCAAGGAAGGGAGACUACCAAAGACUUUUUUGAAAUGACUGAAACUAUGGACUUGAUUGACAUUUGGAGAACAAGGAACCCUCUUGAGAGAGAGGGAACUUUUUCUCUGAAGCAAAAAUGACAUGGACAAGAAUUGACCAAAUUUGGGUAACUAGCAGUAUGGCGCCAAGGAUUAAAAAGGUAGAAAUCUGCUCAAAGACUUGCUCCGACCAUAAUGCUGUAAAGAUGGAGAUGAAACUUACAACAACUGGAUCCUUCAGAUGGAGAAUGAAUGACACCCUAUUCAGGGAUGAAGAGAUUUAUAAGAAGGCCCAAAAAACAGUGAAAGAUUAUUUUGAGAUAAAUUUGAGAACAGAAGUGGAAAAAAGAAUAAUUUGGGACCGUAAGUAAGGCCGUGAUGCGAGGUUUCCUAAUACAACAGAACUCCAUAAAAAGGAAAAAUCAAAAUGAAAGGAAAGGAAAAAUUCUGGAAAAAAUAAAAGAAGGUGAAAAGAAAUUGAGGUCUAAACCAAAGUCUCAUGACAUUCUGAAAGAAAUAAAGUACUAUCAGGUGCAAUAUAUGGAAUUGAUGAAUCAAGAGAUAGAAUGGAAAAUAAAGCAAAUGAGACAAAAGACAUUUGAAUCAGCAGAUAAAUGUGGGAAAUUUCUGUCAUGGCAAUUGAAAAGAGGCAAAAAUUGAACACUGUGACAAGUUUAGAAGUGGACGGAAAGAUUAUCCACAAACCAAAUGAGAUAAGUAAUUGUUUUCAAGGUUAUUUUAGGAAAUUAUAUGCACAAGGGCCAGUUAAUGAACAGGAAAUAGAAGAAUUUGUUAAGAAACAUGGAUUACCAAAAAUUUCAGAGCAAAGCAGAAGGAUUUUGAAUGAGAAAAUAACAGGACAAGAAAUAGAGGGUGCCAUUCAGAAGAUGCAAUUGGGAAAAGCUCCAGGACCAGAUGGUUUGACCGCCAGAUACUAUAAAGUGUUGAAGGAAUGGUUAGUACAACCACUGAAGGAAGUAUGUAAUGAAAUUUUGGAGGGAAAAAGGCACCAGAGUCGUGGAAAGAAGCUUUUAUCUCACUUAUACCGAAAACUGAGACUGAAAAGAACCAGGUUAAAAACUACCGCCCUAUAUCAUUACUCAAUGUGGAUUACAAAAUUUUUGCGGACAUUAUGGCAAAAAGACUGAAGAGAGUGUUGGUAGGGGAGAUUCAUAAAGACCAAACUGGCUUUCUUCCAGGGAGAUAUAUGUCGGACAAUGUGAGGAACAUUAUAGACAUUUUGGAACUGUUAGAAGUGGACAUUAAUAGGAAGGCUGUUUUAAUUUUUGUGGACGCGGAGAAAGCCUUUGACAAUAUUGGUUGGAGUUUUAUGAAGAAGAAUCUCCAAGGGAUGGGGGUAGGUCAAGGGUUUGAAAAUGGUAUAGGUGCAAUAUACUCUAAACAAAAAGCAAAGUUAAUUGUAAACAAUGUGGUAACGGAAGAAAUACCUAUAGAAAAGGUACACGACAGGGGUGCCCAAUAUCCCCUCUAUUGUUUAUAUUAGUCCUGGAGGUUUUGUUAAAUAUGAUUAGAGGAGACCAGUUGGUUAAAGGAGUACAAGUCGGAGCCAAACAGUACAAGUUAAGGGCAUUUGCAGAUGACCUAGUAUUGACCUUGCAACAGCCAGAUACUAGUACUAAAAGAGUAUUAGAACUAAUUGAGAUAUUUGGUCAAGUAGCAGGAUUUAAACUGAACAAACAGAAAACGAAAGUGUUGGAUAAAAAUUUAACAUUGGCCGAAAAGAGAAGUUUCAGAAUGAAACAGGACUAGUGAUAACGAAAAAGUAAAGUACCUGGGGGUAAACUUAACAUCUAAGAAUGUGAAUUUAUUUAAGGACAAUUAUGAUAAAUGUUGGACAGAGGUAAAGAAGGAUCUAGAAAUAUGGUCAAGGUUGAAACUUUCUUUGUUAGGCCGAAUUGCUGUUAUCAAGAUGAAUGUAUUGCCUAGAAUGUUGUUUUUAUUUCAGACAUUGCAGAUUUUGGACAAGAUGGACUGUUUCAAGAAGUGGCAGAAAGAUAUAUCUAAAUUUGUCUGGCAGGGCAAAAGCCCAGAAUAAAAUUUAAGAAUCUAACUGAUGCUAAAGAUAGAGGGGGGUUUGCCCUGCCGGACUUAAGACUCUACUAUGAAUCGGCGGCUUUCUGCUGGUUGAAACAGUGGCUACUUCUUGAGAAUACAGAUAUUUUGGAUCUAGAAGGGUUUGAUAAUAGAUUUGGUUGGCAUGCAUAUAUAUGGUAUGAUAAGGUAAAACAGCAUAAAGGUUUCAAAAACCAUAUUGUUAGGAAAGCAUUAUACAAUGUUUGGAUGCGGUAUAAAGAUCUAUUGGAAAGUAAAACUCCCAGGUGGUUGUCACCAAUGGAAGCUAAAGAGGUGAAAAAACUUAAUAUGGAGUCUAAAUGGCCAAAAUAUUGUGAAAUUCUAGAACAAGAUGGGGAAAAGUUAAAUUACAGAGCUAUGAGAAAUUAAAGUCCAAAGUGCGAGAUUGGUUGCACUACCUUCAGAUAAACGAGACAUUUAAACAGGACAGGAAAAUAGGUUUCCAGAUGGAGAGGUCAAAAUUGGAAACAGAACUGUUAGAACCCAAUACUAAGAAUCUGUCGAGAAUGUAUAAUCUGCUGUUGAAAUGGAAUACACAGGAUGAAACGGUGAAAUCAGCUAUGAUAAAAUGGGCACAAGAUAUCGGUCAUAACAUUAUGUUUGCUGACUGGGAACAGUUGUGGACCACCGGUAUUAAAUUUACGGCAUGUAAUGCCUUAAGAGAAAACAUUAUGAAAAUGAUGUAUAGGUGGUACAUGACCCCAGUCAAGCUUGCAAAAAUUUAUCAUUUGCCCAAUAACAAAUGUUGGAAAUGUAAUGAGACUGAAGGUACUUUUUAUCACCUUUGGUGGACCUGCCCGAGGAUAAAAGCUUUUGGGAAAUGAUCUAUAAUGAAAUUAAGAAGGUUCUUAAAUGGACCUUCCCUAAAAACCAGAGGCUUUUCUCUUGGGCAUUGUCGGCCAAUUGGUGAGAAGGAAGGACAGGACGUUUUUAUGUAUGCGACAACAGCAGCAAGGAUUCUUCUAGCAAAGUAUUGGAAGACACAACAACUACCCACACUGGAAGAAUGGCAGACGAAGGUGAUCGACUAUAUGGGACUGGCCGAAUUGACUGGCAGAAUCCGUGACCAGGGGAAAGAGACAGUGGAAGAAGAUUGGAAGAAAUUUAAAGUUUAUCUUAGAACUUGUUGUAAAAUUCAGGAAUGUUAAAAUGUCAAGGGGUUGGGAAACAGAGAACUGCAGCUGUAAUUAAUAAUAUUAGAAGAACUUAAAAGAAAUUGAAUUGAAUAAUUAGUUGAUUGAGGAGUUGCUGAAGAAAUAUAAAACAAGGAUGCAGAAAAGGGGAGGUAUGGGGAAGUCCGGAAAGUAAGGUUUAUGAAAAAUGGCUAUGAAAUUAUACAUGUUUAUAUGUUUGUAUGUCGGUGUUUUGUGCAUUGUUUGCUUUCUUAUCUUAUGUUUGGAAAAUUAAUAAAAAUUUAUUAAAAAAAAAAAAAAAAAAAAAAUAUUAAACAAUCCUGCUUCUACUUGGCCACUAAUUCUGUAAUUACAGAAAAAUAAAAGCUGUCAAAUUCCCUGGCAAGAUUUAUUCCUGGUAAUCUCCUUGUGCAAGUUUUGGCUUACGGUUCCAUUAUUCUCUAAUAGCUCAGAGUCAUUCUUCCCCCCCCCCCAUGUGCUUUCGGUAGGGUUGCUACAUUAGAUUUGCAGGGCAUCAAAUGGUCAAGGGUCAGUGUGCUUGAAAAUCAAUACUAUAUUUACUUAGAUCUGAUCCCUGAUUAGGUCUUACUGAAAAAGUGUGCUCCUGGGAGGCGGGGUGGGAAACAACCUUUCUUGAAUAACACAAUGCUGGGGUGGAGAACCUCCAGGCUGCAGUCCAAAUCCAGACAGCCAGACCUCAGAAUUCGAACAAUUAAAACCUCUCUAGAUCAUGCCCUCCCGUGAUGAAGUGGACCAUAAGAUUGUACCCUAAGUCUGUAGAAAGCCUAAACAGGUCUCUUUUGCCCUCUGGGUCCACCUCUACCUACUGGAAAUGCUUUGGUUACAUUCAGAACAGCCUCUCAAAUGGAAUUUACACCUUUUGUAUGAUGUCAAAACAACCCACCUUAUAUUUCUUCAGAUGUUCCCAUUUAUGCACCCACAAUUAUUUACGUUUUCACAUUUAUGAGAGAUUUUGUUCCUCUCCCCCCCUCCCCAUGCUGGAUGCUUUCCUCUUAUGCCUUACCUUCUUGUUGUUCUGUUACAAAAUCUGUUUUGCUCUGGACUCCAUGGGAUCUCAUCGGGAUAUAUCAAAGUUUGAAUGAGACUUUUGGGAUCAUAGAAUAUAUGCCAGGUAUAGAGGAACAGAGGUGGCAGCUCCUCAUCCAAUUAACUUUUUUUCUUUAUGGUGAAUAUUGCUAAAACAGAAAAGGGUGUUGGGAUUUACUUGUGGACGUGUCUCUUAGCCCAAAUCUAGAAAACAGUUAAUUGUACUCGGGUUCUGCUAAAAUCAAUAAAAAAUAUAUAGUCGAGUGAGAAAUCAAUUCAUUUCAACCGUCAUUGCAUGCAGUUGACUUUCUAUGGGUUGAGCUUAUGUGCCUUCUUCUGCUAGGCUCAGAAAGUGAGAUAAUUAUAGUCAGAAAGUCUCCAUUUUUUGUGUACUCUAAUAUUAUCUAGAUCCCCCUCUGUUUUGACUAAAUGCAACUAUUGUUUAUGCCCACUUCAGAAUCAAAGCUGUCAGUGGAACAAAGAUCACCGAGCAACCAUAAAGUGUGCAGUUCAAGGGUUUAUCUGUUGAGCCUACCGUAAUCUGUGUAGCCCCACUUUGUGUUCCAUUUCUUGGUUACGCUAGAGCUGGCAUAGCCAAACUUGGCCCUCUGGCUGUUUUUGGGACUACAACUCCCAUCAACCCUAGCUAACAGGGCCAGUGGUCAGGGAUGAUGGGAACUGUAGUCCCAAAACAGCUGGAGGGCCAAGUUUGGCCAUGCCUGCACUAGAGCAUAACCAAGAGGUGUAGCCUAAGGAUUGGCUCUUGUGGUAAUCUAAGUCUCUGUACAAAAAGACAAGAGGAGAGGAGAGUUAUCUGGUCCGCUGAUCACAGGCAUCUUGCUUAGUCCAGCUGCAGUUCCCAUUUGGGUUGUAGUGGUCACCACUUGAGAUCAUACUGCUGCUGCAGGUGUGACCAAGCCCAUAAGCUGUCUGUCUUGAUGCUUCUUCCCUAAAAGCUCCAAACGAAGCCUGUAGCAUAUUUUUAGUUUCUUUCCGAGACCAACAUCUUGCCAAUUACUUUCAGGGAUUCUUCAGAUUUAGAGGGCUACCUAGACCAUUACUACAGCACACAAUUAUUACUAGGAGUCAUAAGUCAUUAUUGUAUUUAUUCUUUCUUUCUUUUCCUAGUAAAUGCCUGGCUCUCUCCAUUAAAAAACAAAAACAAGCCUUUCUCCCUGACCUUCAUGUAACAACAUUAAUGCAUUCUGCUAACAUUAGCUUCUCUCUGCUGGAGAUGCCACAGGCUUUACUUGCUUCUGACUUCCCAUCUCACAUACUGGUGUCACUUUCUAACCCUGGCUGUGUUCUCAGCCCCCAUGUAACCAUACAAUCUGUCUCUCUUGGUUUCCCCCCCUUUGGAAAAAUCUGAGCUUAGCUGCACUGUAAUGAGGCUCCUCUCUAGAAUGAACAGACUGCAGUUUAGCACUUCCUCCCACUGUUCUUUUUAUUCACACGGUUUAUUCUCAAAGCUUUCCAAAAUUCCGGCUCCCUUACAGAUUUGCUUUGUGCAACAGCUCUGCGGGGCCUCUAGCGAAGCUGAGCUUCGUGUCCUUGCUCAAGAGGAGACACCAUUUCUUCCCUCUCGGACAUUAUGCCGUCCGUGCCUGUGCUCUCAUCUUAAUCCUGCCCAACAAGCAAAAAUAAAGGAGGCAGAUAAGCAUGUUGCUGCAGAAUAGGCUGGCCAAAUGGGAAGAUGAACAGGGCUUCUGUACUAUUAAUAGUGGCAUGGGAAAGGGAAUUUCAGCAGGUGCAGCUUAUCAUGCAAGAGGGAGAAAAGCAAUUGGAAUGUUCUCUUCUGCUCAGCUAUUUAUGGUACGUGUGUCUUAUCCUCCUUCACAUCUGGUCAACCUACUACUUAGCAGGAAGAGAGAACAAAAGUGCCAAAUUGUUCACUUCCAGAUGUUGGCCAAGGGUGGCUAAGUAUACAGUGCUAACACCCAUGACAACAAUCUAUCCAUCUUAUGAAUUUUGUUUGUUCCAGAAAGACACAUCCAUCCCCAUGUUUUUUGGGGUGGAAGAAAGCAUAGGUAGACAAAUUGACAGAAACAGUCCACACUUGGACAAUGUCUAGGACCACCCAAAAAUUUACAAAACAGGGGCAAGCUUUUGAGUUCUACAGAACUCUUCGUCAUCAGGCAAAGAUGUUACACAACACAGGAAGUGAGAGGAUGAACGUUCAGGGUUUAUUUAAAAGAAGCCAAACAUUACAUAAUUAAGCUGGAUGUUAUGGCCAUAAGGCCAGCUUUUAGGCUUGGUUCCUACAUGCAGAUUUCAAACUGACUAAGUAUCUGCUAAGUUCUACAAGUAUGAGGAUUCUGGAAGCAAGAAGCAAUGGCUGUUCCCCACAGUGAAAGGUCAGCUGCUACCCAGAUCCAUCCCACGCUGUUCGCAUAGUUCUCCUGAUGCCCUUUUGCCCUUCCUACAUCUCCCUGUUUUCUCUUGAGGCUCAGUGUCUAAGCCUUGCCCCUGCUUGUUCCCCAGCUACGUUGCUGUUCCAUGAUGGCACUUGCAGGCUUUCCUGACUCAGCUGUCACUGUCCUGCAGUCCUGCUUUAAAGCUGGCUGUCUUCUUUGCAAUGUGAUAUGGUGCGCUAGCACUUUUUGCCUGUGCGGCGUUGUCAACUGGACACAUGACGCGAAUGAAUCAGCAAGACGGUUUACCCGUUGUGACCUCUAGUAUUCUUGGCACACAGCCCAAGAUACUUCACACCUCCUUUUGGACUUCAGAGCUUCCCACGGUACUAGGUUCUAGGUCAGAUCCUAGUGGUGGGCAUUGCAGCCACAGUGUAGAAGAGAGGUGAUGAUUUUUUGUUGGCAGUAGAAACCAGCAGGCAGCAAGUCCCCAGCCUCACUUCUCUGAGAGAAAGAGAGAGCUAGAGAACCUGAUGUGCUUUCUUUUGAAUUCUGAUCUAAAACGCACCUGGCAUGAACUUCUGUGAACUUGUCAGGCAGGAGAGGUGUGUUUUUAUUGCUUCAUAGAGAAUUUCUGGAACUGAUCAUUUCAGCAUGAGUAUCUGCUGUGGCCACUGUGCACCCUCUUCCAAAAACUUAAGCAUAUGAACUGGACUUUAUCUAUUCUGUGUGUUGGGAGCACACCACAAAAUGAAAACUACCUUCACAGAUUUUCUAGCGGUUGUGGUUAUAGGGAAAGCUACUGAAAAUGCAUCUUCAAGCUAUUGUAGACAGUUUGUGAUAGAAGCAAAGGCCCACAGACCAGAUUGGGGGGUGGUCUGGAUGGGACAAUGGGGCUUGAUUUUGAGUUAGAGUGUCCCCUGCCAACAUUCACCAACAUAUAUGUACAGCAAAUGAUAAGAGUUAUUCACUAAGUAAUGAUAAGGAGGAAGUGAGAAAACUUUAGUAUUUUUCAAGACCGACGACAUGACUCUAUGCCAUCAUCCAAUCUAAUGAAAGUACUGUUCAGAUGCAGGUUCUGCAGGGAUUUAUACACAAUGGGAUGUGACCCACUAGGCUUGUUCUUUACCUGUGUAUGGCUUAGAGGGCGUCCCAUUUUUCACCAUAUCCUAGCUGCACCUGAGACUGGAAUUUAAGAAAUGAGUGUCAAUUGCAAUAUGCUGUGAAAGAAUCACAAUCUACCCCAGCUAGGAGACCACUUUUAAUCCUUUUGUUUGUGUCAAGGGAUAGAGCCAAAAUUUAUCAGCCCUAGGCAGUAUGGCUUACAAUUGUGGAAGAGCCCUUUCUGAGCUUUCAAUCCAGGCUCUUCCUUGGCCUGUUUUUUUUCUUUCAGUGCUGUAUUGAUAUUCACCACCACCAAACCAUCUGUCUGUAGCUGAGUUGCUGGUCAAUAAAAUAGCAAAAUUCCACCUUAAUUAAGAGAGUGUGUGAGCAUUUACCUUAACUAACUGAGCCUUGGUAAGCAGAGUAGAAAAGCAACCCUAAGUAUACUUAGAAGUCUUCUGUAUCUGUAGCAGCACCGCAUGGUAAGUUUUAAAAAUGGGAUUGUAGCACAUCAGGCUGUAGGAGAGGGGCUGCGUUUAGAAUGUUCUCCUUUCUCCCCUUCCCAGAACGCCCCCCCCCCCCACACACACCACCUUGCAUGUAGAAAACUAGUGUGUCAGGGAAUGAAGGUCUCAGCCUUGCCUUCUUCCUGACAUUUUAAUGUGUGCAAGGUGGCUCCGCCAGCUCAGAAUUCAGCACUAUGUGUAACCACACCUUCCACUCUCUCACACACUUGUGGGCUGAAGUGGCAAGGAGCAAGGGGCAAGGCAAGCGCUGUCAGGAGAUUCUCCAGCUUUAUUGAUUGCUGGAACAAGGCUAAUGUCUGAAGUGUCCCACGGCUGUGACAUGGACUAGGGGAGCACACAAUCUGCUGCCACUGCAUGGUGUGUUUGGGAGGCGAAAGAGAGAAACCACUCAGCAAGAAUAAGAAGAAGCAAGGUCUCAGAGCGAGAUCCGUUUACUACAGUCACCAGGUCAGCAUGGGAGGCUGAGCAGCUAAUUCUAACUUUCUUGCCUCUUUAUUAGCCCCAUAAACUAGCCAAGCAUUUCAUUAAGGGGAAGGAAACAGUAGGCUAUGCAUGCCGAGAUGGUUGUGCAACAACACCUGAGGGAUGCAUAACAACGGGCUGCUUUUCAGGAAGGCUUGUGCAUCUGUCAGGAGCUCAGGGCCGGACUAGCUGAACCAGCACAUUUCUUGCCCUCAGAUGGAGCGGGGUGGCUUAGAACGCAAGAAACAGCCUUCUACUGUGUCAGACCACCAAACCAUGCACCUCAGUAUUAUAUACACUAGGGGUAGGGAAGCUUCUUCAGCCUGAAGGCCAUAUUCUCUCAUAGAUGAGCUUCCAAAAAUCGCAUGCUAGACAGUGCUAGAGACAAAGGAGGGGUAGAGGAGGUGUGACAUGUGACGUUGGCACUGGGGUGUGGCCAGGGGCCACAUGUGGGGGGCUGGAGGGGCUGCAUUUGCCUUUGGGGCCUGGGGUUCUCCAUCCUGGUCUGUAAUGACUGCCAGCACCUCUCUAGGAUUUCAGACCAGAGUCUCUCUCAUCCCCAGCUGCAGUUGUCAGAGAUUGAACCAGAGACCUUCUGCAACCAAAGCUGAUGCUCUUCUGCUGGGUUACAGCCCUUCCCUGUUUGUAACAUGAAAGAAGAAAGGUGGAGACAGGAAUUGAUAUGGAUAGAGCUGAAAGCGGCAUGAGAGGAAUCGCUUCCUCUGGUGUACUGUAUUCACAUUUUGUUUUACUGUCGAUUCUGUGCAGGCAGGUUUGGGGGGGAGGAAUAUAUUUUAAAAACAUAUAAAUCCUGUUUACUAGAGGUGGCAGGAUGUACCCACCACCAUGAACUUCUUUGAAACUGCCUUCUGGUCUCUUUAAAAAAAAAGAAAAAGCCAGCUCUUUGCAGGCUAAGUCCACUAAAUUUUACAUUGGUGCAUAAUCUGCAGUAGCUGUCACUACUCUGACUCCUAUUUAGCCCUCAAGAAAGAAGUACCUGGUUACCAUAUUGCAUUGUAUCUGGGGAAUUUGUGUGAAGUCUACGCAAGCUCUCUCGAUGUUUGCAUUGAAAGAGAAGAUGCAUAUAGAUCAUUUUGCCGUUCAUUAACCCAACAAUUACCCAUUAUCAGCACCGUUGCUUGCCUUCACGAGGGUAAGCAUUGUUAAUAUGUUUUGACAUCACCACCACGGGACCGGGUUUGUCUUCUCUAUGAGAUACUCAUCUUCUCUGUUAGGAUAAAAUACAUAUUUCUGCAGCAGCCAGAGCAGCUUUUAGAGAAAAUAAAUUCCAACAGUGUUUUCCACAAUCCCCUUUAGAUAAUAGCCCUAGAGAGCUAAUAGUGUAAUGGCUGAGACAUUGCACUACAAAUCUCCAGUUCACAACUUGCCUCUGCCAUGAGUUCAUGGCAGUCUCAGGUAGACACUGCAAUAUGGGGGUUUUACUUGCCAUAUAAGAUUCAAACUAUAUAUUUAAAGUAGGGAUAGGCAACCCAGAAGGGCCACAGAUUUCUCAUGCAUGGAGUCCAGAAGGGCCACAGAUUUCUCAUGCAUGCUCUAAAGUCUAAACUGCUACUAUUACUAUCAGGAAUAUCAUAAUCAGAUCAAUCCUUCAUUGCUCGUGUUUUCCUUUUCCAAUGCUUCUUGACAUAUAUACACAUCUUCCCUUAGUUCUUUUCCAUUAUGCUCCCAUCUUAAGGAAUAUUAUAGUGCAGGACAAGCACAAAACAGAUAAAGCUUAAUGAAAGGCAAAUCCAGGGCAAGAUGGGUUGCCUUAAACAAUGUAUUUAUUUAAGAAAUAAGAAUACAAAUACAGCAUAUAUGAAAAUGCAUACAAUAACUCUAAAUUGGUGGCAGAAAAUGCUAUGGUUGACUAUGAUGCACAGAGUUUUGAUUAGGAGUGUAACUUGAUUAAAUCAAAUUAAAUUAUUUGUUAAUCAAAUAAUUAAUUGUGUAUGUACUCAGCAUAUGAACAUUGGGUGGGUGGGUCUUUUAAAAGGCAUUCUUUCUUUGUUUUUAGAUUGUAUAUGCCAUAGAAUCAUAGGGUUGGAAAAGACCUUGGGAGUCAUCUGGUCCAAACCCCAACACAGUGAAGGAUGUAAACACAGAAUCCCUUCCAGCUGGCUGUGCAGCUUCCACUUCAGUAUCUCCAGAAAAACAUAACCUCUGAAGGCAGCAUGUCCCACCGCCCACCAUCAGGAGGUUCCUCCUAAUCAUGUUUAUCUGAAAUCUGCUUCCCUGAUAUUUCUGGCCAUUGACCUGCCCUCUGGAGCCAAAGAGCAAGUCUCCAACUUCUUUGCGACAGACCUCCAGAUAUUUCAAGAUUGUUAGUUAAUCUUCUUAAAUAUGGCAUUCCAUCCUUCGUGAGAGUCAAGGGGGAAUACCUCCUUUAAGACAAUCUGUUGUUUUAUAAAGUACUAAAUUAUUAUAACAUUUCUUUUUUUAAAAAAAAGUUGCCCGGCUAAUGAAGGAUGCCCUUUAAUCGACUGAGAACCUCUCUAAUAGACUACAUCCAACUCAUUAAUUAAUGAAAGGUUGAAAACCUGUUUGUAAUUGUUCUUCGGGAACUUACAGUACUACAAAUAUUGCCAAAUGUCAGCACAAGCUUUGCUGCCACACUUGACAAGCUGAAAUCCAAACAAGCUACCACAUUACUGCUCUCCCCAUAAAAAAACCCUAGCCCUCACCCACGCAUAUUCCAGAAUGAUUAUCUGAGUCUUGCAACGUUAAACUUUUACUCUGAAAUCUUUGUGCUUUGGUUGAGAAAAAUACCAGAACAGAUGUACAGUCCAUCAUCAUAUAUCCUAUCUCCACUACCAUUAUGAUUUUUACUCUGAGCUCGUAAAUCAGGGCUGUCCAAUGGGGUGCCUUCUGGAUGUUGCUGAACUGCAACUUUUAUCAUUCCUUACUAUUGGACAUACGGGAUGCGGGUGGCGCUGUGCGUUAAACCACAGAGCCUAGGACUUGUCGGUCAGAAGGUCGGUGGUUUGAAUCCCUGUGACGGAGUGAGCUCCCGUUGCUCGGUCCCUGGUCCUGCCAACCUAGCAGUUCGAAAGCACGUCAAAGUGCAAGUAGAUAAAUAGGUACCACUCCGGUGGGAAGGUAAACGGCAUUUCCGUGCGCUGCUCUGGUUCGCCAGAAGUGGCUUAGUUAUGCUGGCCACAUGACCCGGAAGCUGUACGCCGGCUCCCUCGGCCAGUAAAGCGAGAUGAGCGCUGCAACCCCAGAGUCGGUCACAACUGGACCUAAUGGUCAGGGGUCCCUUUACCCUUUACCUUUACCAUUGGACAUGCUAGCUGCUGGAAAUUGGAGUCCCAGCAAAAUCUGGAAGGCACCGCGUUGGCUACCCCUGCUAUUAACAAUGUCUUUAUUGGUUUCUUAUGAUAUAUGCCUAAUUAGUUUGCUGAGACUUGCCUUAUCACCAAACCAGCACAAGAUUGUGAUUUAUAGAAGAAAAAUCUAUUUGCUUCAUUCUCUCUCUCUCUCUCUCUCUCGUGUACAUAGCAGACUUGCUUGUCUGCAAAGGAGAGGAAACAAAGGGUGUGUGUGUGUGUGUGUGUGUGUGUGUGUAAUGGAACACACACAAACACACACACACACUUUGUAUUACAUGCCUAGGAGGAAAAUCUGUACUGGCUACUGUUCCUGGCUCUCUAGCUCUUGAUAUUUGCUGGAUGAGUCACUUUUGAUGACAAAUACAUUAAACAGUAUCUUUAACCCUGCUUUCCAAUCAUUCUUCUUUUGUGCAAAAUACAGCACAGUAUAGUCACAGCUGCUGCGGCAUCAUUUACAAUAUACAAAUCAAUUGUACAUUAAGCUCUUGUCUGAAACAUGAUGGGUCCAAGCCAGAACACUCCCCAGGACAAUUUCACUGUAUACAAGCUUAAAUCCUGUCAACACACUUUUCUUCCAACUGAACUUGAAAAUUUGUGGUUAUGAUGAAUGAUAUUCUGAGAGGUGUUUUCACCCACUGGUCUGUCAAACCAGAUCAACAAUAGCUGUUCUGUUUGUCCUGUUAGAGAUGUUUUCUUAAUUUUUAAAAAAUGACAAAGAGACUUUUUCCAUGUUAGGUAACAGACAAGACACUGACACACAGGACCAAUGAAAUUGGCCAGAACAUUACUUAAGCCCAGAAGUCUCAUAUUACAUAACCUCUAGGGUAGGUAUAUGAGAGAGCACAGAAAAAUAUAGGCAAAUCUUGUGUAAACAUGAAGCUGUCAUUCUACUUCAAGCUAAUAGGAUCAGGUUUCUUAUUCCAAAAGGGAAGAUAUUUGGUGAUAGCAGCAGUAGCUGCAAAAAAGAAAAUGGCGGGUGGUGCAUGCACCACAACCCUUGUCCAAUUGUGAGUCUCGUGCCAUUCAAAGUAAGUAGAAUGGUUGCAGAACCCUUUCAGUGCAGCCUGCCCUCCCAUUUUCCUUUGUAAAACAACUGCGAAGUGGAAAUCUAUGCCAUAUGAUAGAAGCCCAUCAAAUAUUAUUCAAUACCAGCUCCCCUGCCCCCAUCCUUUAGGACCAAAGCAGCCUGGUUCUUGGUUUUGUUUAAGGUCUUGUUUCUCUUUCUUUCCUGCCACUUGUAAUCAAAAAUAUCUCUUUUUUUCUACAUAAUGACUAGCAAUAAGAAGACUCCUUGAUCCAUUCUACAAAUGACAUUCACUGAUCACAGUGGAAAUUGAUCAAAAUACCACAGGAAGGCAGCAUGCGGCUCCUGAAACCUUUUUGUGCAUACAUGGUCUCCUUUCCUGUUGUUUGCCCUCACCAUCUGGAAUUCAGAAAGAGAGGGGUCUGAUUAUGUUAUUAUCUCUAAGGCUUAAAAAAAAUUCUUCUUUACCUCUUUUUCUCUCUGAAGCUUAAGUGUAAUGUUCCCAUUUCUAAAAUGGGCAGAUUUUUUUUGGACGGUCUUCUACGUGCUUAAUUCCUUGAUGAUACAAUGCACGUUCUGUGUGGCUCGUCUAACUUUCUUGUCAACUUUGCUCAUAAGGCAUUUUCCACCUGUGGUUCAAGGGUACUCUGAGAGGCAGACCCAGAUGGGAGAUUCCUAUCCUGCUUAGUUUAACAUCAAAAUGGAAAAGUCAGUACAGUGGUACCUCAGGUUACAUACGCUUCAGGUUGCAUACUCUUCAGGUUAAAGACUCUGCUAGAAAUAGUGCUUCAGGUUAAGAACUUUGCUUCAGGAUGAGAAUAGAAAUCGUGUGGUGGCAGCGGGAGGCCCGAUUAGCUAAAGUGGUGCUUCAGGUUAAGAACAGUUUCAGGUUAAGUACGGACCUCCGGAACGAAUUAAGUACUUAACCUGAGGUACCACUGUAAUCCAAAAGAUGGCACUAUGUUGCACAGGAGUUGGAAAAAAAAUAUCCCCUGGACUGUGCACCCCCAAAUCUCCUUCUCUUCUACCCCAGACAUAUUAAUAGUUAAGAAUACACUAAAUUUAUUUUAUCUUCAAAGUGCUCUGCAAACAUUAGUCAAUUAAUUCUCAGAGCUUGCCUGUGAGUCACUAUUAUUCCUGCAUGUGUUUCCAGCAUCUGCGUGAUUAGCUGUCCACUCUGAGCUUUCUCCGCAGUUUAGCUUCCCAGGGACUCUCUGUGGAUUACUUUCCUCGCAGAUAUCUACUUGCUGCCAUUGGCAGUUGUCAUCUUCCGCCAGCAUUCCUCCAUCCAUAUCCCUUGCUCCCUGUUUCUCUGCUGUGGCUGAAGCUUACAGCUGUUUCCAUUAAAGAAAUCUCCAGAGUGGAGGAGUCAUUAGUCUUGACAAAAUGAAAGUGUGUGGGGAUGGGCGGGGGGGGGGAGAGAACCACAGAAAGAGACCAAAGAUGAGGAAAAUAAAUAUUUCCCAAAGAGUUAAUGAGCUCUCUGUGGGAUUUGAACUCAAGACCCUCAGUACUGCUGCUCAGAUCUGUACCAUAUUCACUUAAACAGUAACUCUGUUAGCAGACUUGAAUAGUUUCGGUUUCUGAGUAACAAAAUUGUUUGAUUCCCUGGUAUAUUUGCCUCACCCUGUUUAAAAUCCCUGGGGCUCCCAGCUUCUACUGCAGUCAGUGAAUUAGGCAAACUGACUCAGUUGACGUAAGGAUUACAUCUGAGAUACUUACAGUUCUCUUCUUGGAGAGAUCUAAAUUGAUUUAAGGCAGGACCAGCUUAGUCCUCAAAGGAAACUCAGAUCUUCUUAAUGUAGCUCGAUGCUUUUUUUGCUUAGUACCAAACUUUUUAAAACUCUGGUGUUUUAAGAAUUUAAACUCGGAGAUCAUCGUGUACAUUUUGAACACAUUUAGCGCCAUGUUUGACAUUUCCUCGCCUACCGUAGUGUUUUCAUGAACUUAGUCGCUACAACUAUACAUUAUGCUCAAUUAAUAUCAAGGGCUUUUGAAGUGGAACAUGCUACAUACAAGCAGCAUGCUGAAUUAAGAUUAAGACUGCAUUGCAUCAUAGCAUAGCAGGUGGAUGCAUUCAGAGAUUCCUGGUCCCAGCAACUUUAUUAUUUAUUAUCUUAUUUUCUCCUCAGAAAUCUCCUUCACAAAUCUGGAUUUCAUACAUCUAAAUCAAACACCAACCACUGCAAAUUACUGGAUUUCACAUGUUGAUCUGCCUAGGCUGCCACCCCAGAAACAUACCCAAAACUUCCAGAUUCACUGCCCCCAAAGAUACGUUAUUUCAUCCCUUCUGUGUAUAACUAGAAGUGUGGACUGUGCAGAAUCAACAGCUCUUCAGAGUAUUGAAUGUGGGUAUUUCAUACACCCCAGAGCAUGAGAUGCUGGUGGAGCUUGAAAUGGACUCCCACACUUUGGUGGACUUCUAAUAAUAAAAAUGAGGAGGAGGAGGAGGAGGAGGAGGAGGAAACAUGGACUGGGAGAUCAAGGAUGUGAAAAGCUAGUGGCUGAGGAUGGCUGCCUUUGGGUAGAUACUGGGUGGGGGAGAGAGAAAACUGCAUUUUGGGGGAUUUGGGUUGCAGUCCCAGAGACUGCUUUGCUGAGGACAGCAAGAAUAAUGGUAGAUGGACUACAUUAUUGUUUAAAAGCAUACCAGCGCAAGUAGAUAAAGAGAUACCGCUGUGGCAGAAAGGUAAACAACAUUUCUGCGCACUGUGGCACUCGUCCUGGUGUCCCGUUGCGCCAGAAGCAGUUUAGUCAUGCUGGCCACCUGACCCAGAAAGUUGUCUGCAGACAAACGACAGCUUCUUUGGCCUGAAAGCGGAGAUGAGCGGCGCACCCCAUAGUCAAAUUCAACUUGACUUAAUCGUCCAGCCAUUCUUUACCUUUGCCUUUACCUUUCUUGAUAUUAUUAUAAAUAUUUUGUAACUUUAGCAUCUUGCAUUAUAUUUUCUGUUGUACUUAAGGUAAAAGGUAAAGGACCCCUGACAGUUAAGUCUAGUUGUAAAUGGCUCUGGGGUUGCAGCACUCAUCUCACUUUACAGGCCGAGGGAGCCAGUGUUUGUCCGCUUCUGCAGACAGUUUUUCCGGGUCAUGUGGCCAGCAUGACUAAGCCGCUUCUGGUGAAACCAGAGCAGUGCACAGAAACACCAUUUACCUUCCCGCCGGAGUAGUACCUAUUUAUCUACUUGCACUUUGAGGUGCUUUUGAAAUGCUAGGUUGGCAGGAGCUGGGACUGAGCAAUGGGAGUUAACUCCGUCGCGAGGAUUCAAGCCGCCGACCUUCUGAUCGGCAAGCCCUAUGCUCAGUGGUUUAAACCUAAGCUAUCUCCCAGGAGAACAACCAUCUCUGAUGCAACUGAAGUGCAUAGAUAUCAGUGUGACUGUUAUAGGAACUCAUCCGGUAGUGCCAUUAUGUGAAAAUAGGCACUCUGUCAUAUGCCUGCAAGAAUUUUAGAACUAUUUUUGAAUAAAUAAAAACUUUCUGAAAUGAACUUGAAAGGUUCUAGAUGAAAGCACACAGAUCUACAUAAGUACAUGAAAGGACAAGUGCAAUCGCUUCCUCUCAGCGAUGUUCUACCAUCCAAGUCCAUUCCUUUUUUCCUUGACUAAAGAAAUUGACCAAACUAGAAGCUGCUUCUGAUCUGAUCUGGUUAAUUUCAACAUCUUAUUAACUGCCAUGGGACAUGGGGAAGAAACUGUAAUGAGGACUUAGGAUAGGUAUCAACAUACUUUCCCCUCAUAUGUCCUUUCAUCUAUAAUUCUUGCAACCAUGCUGUAUCAGGGCUGGUACCUCUUAACAAUAGUAUUAUGGGGGUUGUAAUUCACUUUACUCUUCAGAAGCAAUCACAUGUACAUAGCCAUACCCAUUUCACAGGUUGCAGAAAGACUGCAUGGUAGAUCUCCAGACAGGAAGAAAUUUGCAUUAAGUACAUGCAUACUAUCACAGGAAGGAGCAUUUGUCCUUUUGGACAUUUAACCAAACCAAUCACAGCCUCUCCUUUUUAGUAGUUUGUAGUGGAAUAGUUAAAAGUUACAUUCAAACAAAUGACUUGCCAUGUGGCUCUUCCUCCACACAUUUCUUUCAAGUGUUUGCCCAUGUGACUUCAAUAUACAAAUCAUGGAUAAAUUAUUUAGAAAUUAUUUACUGACUGGGAAUAAGCAAGAGUUUAGCUUACUGGUAUAUCUUUUUAAGAAAUGCAUGCUAUCUGAAAUAUUUAAAUCUCCUAUGUCUUUACUAUAAAAUUACUUUAAUGUCGUAAAAUUGUUUUAUAUUAUUGUUAUGUCUGCUUUGUAUCUCAGUAUUGUGUGUUUAAUAAUGGUUGUUAUCUACCCUGAGGCUGUGAAUAAUGUAUGUCAUCUGAGUAAGUCAUCAUCCACUGCGAAGGUGCAUUCUGAACUCUCGGCUGUGUAAUUUCGCUUCAUUUUGCUGUGUGUGUGGUGUGAUCUGCAGAGGGGGGGAAAUCUGAGUAUAAAUCCAGGGAGAUGUUUCUGUGAAAUUUCUCCAGCAAAUUCCAUCUGACGCUUUAGGAGGGAGCCAAACAUUGGAAAGUUACCGCUUUCAAAGUGUCCCCCAGAUAUCCAGUUUUGGGGUGCCUCCAGACAUGGAUAACUUAGUAUAGUCUAUUAUUGCUAUAUAGAAAUUUGAAGGGCUAGAAAAAAGGUUUUUUAAAAAAUGAGGGACCCAUCCCAUUCCACCUUUGAUUUUUCCAUUUCUCCCCUUCAACAUCCAUGGGUUUUUCUGGGGGUGGGGGGCUUCAUAUCUGUAGUUCUGUGUUAAACUGCAGGUGGAAUAGCAAUGGUGCUUCCAGCUUUUCAUUAGUCCUAUCACCUCUAUAUCAGUGGGCAGUGUUGCGCAUAGACAGCCGUGCCUCAAGGUCUUCCAGCGUGGGAGGAGGUACACCACCUCACCCCUACGUCAUAGCCAGCAGUGUCAUUGGCAUUGCAUGGCAGCCCCAGCCAAUCAGCUUGCAGAGUGGGUGUGGCCAUGGGUCGUUUAAACUUGACGCGGCUGGCUGACUCCCUCUUCCUGCCUUUUCAUCAGAUCACCCCACCCACCCACCCACCCUCUUAUCAUGCUUUGCUCUGAUAUGACCUUGCUAUAGCAGUUGUCGGUCUCCUGGUUGUUGGGCCGGGUAGGAAUUUUUUCCACUUGGCAAAUUGGCACUGUCCAUUUGGUUUUCGCCUACCUAGUAGCAAUCGUCACAACUUUUGUGCGGUUAAGGCAUUGGGUAAGCCUUUGUUUGGUUGGAGGGGAGGUUGUUGCACUGCCUGCCCCUCCUCAGUAAGGGUAUCCUGUUAAAGCAGCUGUUCUCAACCUGUGGGCCCCCUUUGUUGUUGGACUACAAAUCCCAUCAUCCCUGAGCUGUGGCCUUGCUAGCUAGGGGUGAUGGGAGUUGUAGUCCAACAACACCUGGGGACCCACAGGUUGAGAACCGCUGUGUUAAAGGGAUCCAAGGUGUGAAUACUGUCCAAAGCCUGGGCGUGGGCUAGGGCCCACAACCCCUACAGGGACCCUCGUGGUACCACUCUCUGACGUAAGUUAUAGGGCACCCCCUUUCGGUGAUUUACCCUUCCGUGGACUCCCUGCAAACGGGCAGGAGUCAAGAUAUAGCCUGGCUUCACCCCAGUGUCUAAGCCAGGCUUCCUCAACCUCGGCCCUCCAGAUCGUUUUAGCCUACAACUCCCAUGAUCCCUAGCUAGCAGGACCAGUGAUCGGGGAUAAUGGGAAUUGUAGUCUCAAAACAUCUGGAGGUCCGAGAUUGAGGAAGUCUGGCCUAAGCCAAACCACUCACAUCUGUAACCAAUAAAGUUGUGGCCUAUUUGAACCCAUAAACCAAAUUUUCCGUUUCAGUGUGACUUCUUGUUCUCCUGGAACUUUGUGGCUCAGGUGCCUCAGGGCGCAAUUCAAAUAAUGUCAUGCAGCCAUUAGCAACCCCAAAUGUUGUGGGCAGGGGCACAGUUUUCAUUGGAACCAUGAUGUGGGACGGACAGGGUUAAAUCCCCCACACACCUGCACUACAAUUCUGAACAUGAUUCUUUCCCAACUGCAAAGGAGGGGCGGGGCAGCUAUUAAGACAAUGAGGUUCGGCAAGGAAAGAGUUAAACUGAUAAUAGCCCUGAUUCCCAGAGAUGGGAGGUGGACCAUAAAAAAGGAAAUUGUUAAAGCAAUCUAUAAUGAACGUAAGAAGUACUUCCUUUUGCAUGUUCUGAAUCUCCCAGUGUUCAGCUUCAUCGGAUGGUCAUAAUUUCAAGUAUUAUGAGAGAGAGAGAGAAAUGGGAACUUAUCCCUAUGUGCUUUCCCCAUUCGCAAUCUUAUACCCUUCUACCAUGCCCCCUGCGCUGUUACUCACCUUUGUUCUAAACUAAAGUAUGUUGCAGGAGCAACAACAGGAGAUAGAUAUGAUUACCUUCCUGCCCUAUUUGUAGCCUUCCUUCAGGCAUCUUCUUGUAGCAUGUGAGAUCUGGUUGUGGACAACACAAUUCUGUGCUGGAUGGGCCUCUAGUCUGAUUCAUCAGGACUCUUAGGUUCAUUUCCAAAUCUUGGUCCAGCAGACUCUGGGCUAUGCACACCACUGCCAUUUGGAUCGCUGAAAUUGUGGUUCACCUGGAUACAUUUUAUAUAAUAUUUUUAUGGGCUCAUGGACCAGAAAAAAAAUGUUUUGCCAUUUUGUUCUGUUACUAGACCAAAAUUAGCGUAAUUUCAGCUUCUGCCAAGUUAAUGAAUAAUGAUGAACUGCUGAAAAAUUGUUUGGGGAUUAUAAGAACUGGUCUUUGCAGAUACAAACGGUCAAAAUAAAAAAUAUUUUUUAAACUUUAUAUUACGUCCUUCAUUGCAACACAUGGAAACUGGGGCAAGAGGCUACUACAAAAGGAGCAUGGCUAAAGUUUCUGUUGGGUUUGUUUGUCCAUGAGUUUUCUACUUAUGGAAUUAAGCAACACUAAUUUAGGCUAGACUCCCAUGUGCAGUUACUUCCGUGUAGACAUUAAGUGGUCAAUACAACUCUCACAGACUUCUAUAAAGUUCAAGGACACACGCAGACCACUAGGCCCUGCAUGCCUCCAGAGCACUCCCUUAGAUCUGUAAGAAGCACAGAGGGGUUAUUGGCCAAAGUUGUUUUUCGGGAGUCAGCCACAGAGUUGUUGAUCUUUUUUGGAAAACAUUGCCAAAACUUCCUACAGCUCCCCAUAGAUCCCCUGUGCAUCCUGCCCCGACCUUCCUUUUCUACUGCACGCAGGUCUGGGCUGGGGUGCAAAAAUCACCCCAGAAAUCUGUCUCCAAUUAUCUGUGUAAGGUUGUGAAUUUAGACAAGAGCUGGGAGCUGAGCGGUAGGAGAAAUGGCAAGGGUGGUAUGAAGCUAGGCUGCUGUAGACUAUGGAGUGCAUGACGUGUGUCCGUGUGGCGACAUGCAUGAAGUGAGAUCAAACGCAGGAGAAGCUUCCCACCCUUCUCACACCACGUGGCACAAAGGCAUGCAUUUCCCCCCACCCCACCCUUCCUCCUCUCCUCACCCUCAGUAUGGACACUUUGAGUACUUGGGUCCCAUAAAAUGUAUUGGCCUGAAUAUAAGCCUUACUUCCCUCCCCAAAUUCCGACCGUGAAAAGUUCAAGUGCGGCUUAUAUCCGCGACCUUACGGUAUGCAGCCAGGAGCAUGGGGCAAACAGCGCCAGGAGCACAGCAAAGGGGUGCCCGCCUUGUGCGUAGUCCUCCGUCCUCUCCCCCAAGGCCGGGAAGGGAGAGAGCGAGGAAAGGGAAAGGCCGCCGGCAACACAGCACAGCUUCCCACACACCCCCAGGUAUGCAGCCAGGAACAGUGAAGAGGAAUGGAGCGACUUACAUUUGUUUCCCCCUCUCCAAUUUUAAAGGUGUGGUUUAUAUUCAGGCCAAUACGUUAAUUUCUAAUGUGGCUGUUGAGGUAAAGUGACAGGGGGUUGCCAAUACAGCUCCUUGCCAAGACUGCAACAGACCCUAGGUAUUCCUCUGAAGAAGAGCAACUGUCCCAUGUCCCAGUUUACACAGUAGAAAGAUUUGCAAAGGCAGAGCCACAAGGUCUCCUCUGUGGUGACUCCAACAUCUGGAAUGUGCUUCCCCUAAGUGUAGGCAGGAGGAUCCUUAGGCUGGGGGGCCAGACCUCUAAAACCAGCCCUAAAACCAUGACUCCCCUCAUUGGCCCCAAAUGAGGCCCUCGUUUUGUCUGAAACCUUAGCACCCUCACUAAACUGCACUUCUCAGAAAGCUAUGACAGUAUAAAGCUGAAAUAGGCUCAUGAGGUAGAAAUACCCCCAUAGAAAAUAAGUAGUUCCUCUAGCCCAGCAGAAUAUCUCUGGCAAUAGUCAAUAUCCUGUUUUCUGGGAGACAAGCCACCAACGAAGAAUCCCAUUCCUUGUUGGGUUCCACAAACUUUGCUAGGUCUCUUUGAAACCUAAAUACUGUUAGCCAUUACAGUGGUACCUCAGGUUAAGAACUUAAUUCGUUCUGGAGGUCUGUUCUUAACCUGAAACUGUUCUUAACCUGAGGUACCACUUUAGCUAAUGGGGCCUCUUGCUGCCACCAUGUGAUUUCUUUUCUCAUCCUGAAGCAAAGUUCUUAACCCAGGGUACUAUUUCUGGGUUAGUGGAGUCUGUAACCUGAAACGUCUGUACCCUGAAGCGCCUGUAAUCCGAGGUACCACUGUACGUAGCUUUCCUGAAUGCUAAUGAGUUACAAGAAUGAGUUGUAUUCUGUUUGUGGUUCAUUUGUAAAUUAUACACUUUCUAUAUUGUCUCUCUUCAAACCAUACAUGAUUUUACUAUGCCUGUAUUAUAACAUCUCAGCUGCUGCCUUUCAAAGUUUUAUCCUUUCUGAGACCGGAUGCUUCAUUAUUUUCUAAUAUGAAGAUAUGAAUCCCCUUUAGCACGGUUUGCCUUUUUGAUAGUCCCAUCUCUAGCUGUCUCGAGAUCUCCUCCUCGAAUGCUGGUUGCCAAUUCUGGACGCAGUAAAGUGGAAGUACCAUUGAGCUUUAAUUCUUCUUAGCAUGCGUCACUUUACAUUUACCAACGUUUAAUUUCAUCUGCCAUUUCCUUGCCCUUUCUCUCAACACUGUGAGAUCCUUCUGUAAAUCCUCACAGCCUGCUUUAGACUUAACUGUGUUGAAUAAUUUAGCAUCAUUUGGAAAUUUAGUCACUUCGCUUGUUCGUUUUCCAGGUCAUUAAUGACUGUUCUGUAAAGAGCAAGUAUCACACAGAUUUUGGGGCACCGUCUUAAUCUCUAUUUAUUUUAUUGCAUUUAUAUCCCACCUUUUCUCCAUGGAGCUCAAAGCGGUGUACAAAGUUCUCCCCCUCAUUUAAUCCUCAUUUCAUCCCUAUUUAAUCCCUACAACAACCCUGUGAGGUAGGUUAGACUGAGAGGCAGUGACUGGCCCACGGUCACCCAGUGAGCUUCACGGCUAUUUGAGCCCUUGUCUCUCAGGCCUUAGUCUUAACUACUACACUUACCCUGACAUCUCAAAUCUUUGCAGUGAGAACUGGCCAUUUGUGCCCCAGCUAGUUUAUCUCUUUCAGCCAGUGUCUAAUACAGAAAAGAAUGCCACAACAUCUACAUUUUCAUGACACGAUUUUGUUAUCAAUACAUUCUCUUUAAACCUGGAGGGAUGAUGGUGGGUUCUCUCUUGCUGGGGGUUUUUAAGCAGAUGCUGAAGAACUAUCGGUUGGAGAUGCUCUGCUCUGGAUCUCCUGCAGCUGGCAGGUUUUGGACGAGCUGACCUAGGAGGUCCUACCUGACACAAUGAUUCUGUUUGUAAAGUUAAAACCAGUCUUAUAAUAUAUUUUAGGUCACUAAUGGCCAAAUAGGGCAGCGUUUCGUGUCUGCAGUUCUAGCUGUCUUAGCCAGAAAGCAGCCACUGGUGGGGGCCUGUUUAUAUCUGGAUCACAGCACAGAGGAGGGAUGUCAACAACUUCAGUGAUGGGGAUCCCACAUUUUCAGAGGAGAGGGAAGGGAAGAGAAGUUCCAUUGUGGAAGCAGAAGUCUGUCAUGCGCAGAACAACACUGUUAGAUGUAGCCCAGUGUUGAGAAUAAUUCCCCAGUAGAGAAAGAAGGCUUAGCAACCAUAGGUUCAGGCUUGCCAGUGGCACAGCUAUGUAAAGGGCAGAGGGAAAUGACACACCACACCAGACAUAGACACAAAAACCAAUUAUUGUGGACUGAAGCUGGAGUUUACAGAAACCACUAGCUAUGGCUGUGGUGACCUCAUGCCAGUUAAAACAGGAGGUCAAGAUGGAUUGGUGGGUGCAGCUAGCUGGGAAAAACUGCUCAAGAUUACUAGAAGUUUAAAAUUCCGUAUUACUGAAGAGAAGAAAAUAUUCAUUAUUAUUUUUUGUCUUUACAGAACACUCUACUGAAACUUCGCUCAUAUUCUGCCUCUAGCUGGUGUGUGUGUGCGGUGUGUGAAGGCAAGGUAGCUUAUAAAUAAAUAUUUGAGGAGCUAGAGCUUCAAUGGUUUUUCAGAAAGCUGGCUUUUUACCAUAUUUCAUUGGGAUAUUUCUUGCGGAUGGAUGCUGUGUGCUGCCCAGAAUUGCCAGCACUGAAUAUGCAUUCUUUGACUGUUGCUUCGAGGGUUGUAAAUGUUUUAUUAUUUUGGUUCUAAUUUCCCCGCAUACAACUUUAUAUGCUUGCGGUGGCCUGCAUAAUGUUUCUAUGUCCACUGUUACCCUUUUUGAAAAGCUUCUCAGACUUCACAAAUACUGGUCUAUGUAUAUUAAUGUAUUUUUUACAUCUGGUAUAAUACUUAUCAUCACCCCCUUUAAGGAGAGAUGUGGCUUCCUAUUAUGCAGACACUGUUUCUCACUGUUCCUCCACACUCCAGUCAAAAGUGGCCACGUGCCUCUUUGAGUGUUACACUUAAAAAUGAUUGUUUCGAUCCUUUUUGUCACCGUUUUCCAGUUCCCCAAAGGUGGACCCAGAUGGCAACAAUUCUCCUUUAUUCCCUAGCCAGGCAAGCACACAUGAAUCACAUACAUACAAUGUGGCCAAUAAUUUGCAUUGCAGCGACCUCUGGUGGCCAAGAGUCCUUUCCACUCCUGGGCUCUGCCUGAAGUCACUCUUCUAGGUGCCAAAUUAAAUAUUGAGUACAUUUGUGUGUAAUUUUCCCUAGUUCUUGCUGUGUGUUUUUUUUAAAUAGAAAAUACAAAAUGCCAUUGGAAGCUGCCACUUCCAGCACAAAGUGGUUAGGACGUUUAACCCGUUCUCCAAUGGACAACCUUCUGCUCAAAAUCUCUCCUCUUUCUGGCUGUUUUUCCUGUGUUUUCUAAAGUGGGUAGAAAAACAAUUGGGUGGAACAGUUUUUUACAGAGAAAAAAAAAUAGCAGGCAGGGAAAGGGCUAAGUAUCCUCCUCCCCAGUAUCAACACAGGGAAAGGCUCAGUGCUAGAGCAUCUGCUUUUCAUGCAGAAAGUAAAAGGUAAAAAGUAAGCCCUCUAUGUUCAGUCCCCAGCAUCUUCAGGUAGAAAUGGAGGAGAAUCCUGCAUAAAAUUCUGGAGAUCUGCUUCUCAUCUGUGUAGACAGUACUGAAUGAGAUGGACCUGUGGUCUGUCUCUGCAGCUCCUUAUAUUCCUAAUUGCAGGCUCCAGUAAUUGAGUUGUGUGUUGUUCUUAACAAUAAAAUUUUAAAGUCCAGGGAGAGUAACGCAUGAGUGCAUGUAGCCAGUACCUUGGCCUGAUGUCGCAGCAAAUAAUUGCCUGGUUAGCAACCACCAUGGAUUUCACAAUGUGACUUGCGUGAGUCACUGUGAGCUGUGCCGAUCUCCUUUGCUGGCAUUUGUUGCUGCUUUUGUUUCUUUGCUACUUAGGCGAUAAAGUAAGGUGGGGUAAAUUUGACUGCAUGCCGUCUUUGGACCAAAAGGUCCCCAAAGUAGCAUACAAAAUGUAUGCCUAAAGUAUGAAAUAUACCUACUGCAUAGGGAUCCAAGAGUAACAAAAAAAAACCCAACUGUAUUUGAAAGACCAAAAAAAUAGCAUAGGCACCAGAAUAACAAAAUGAAACCCUUGUUAUUAAAAGCCUGAUCUUCACCAUUUCUUUGGAGGAGAAUGAGGGAGCCAAUCACAGCUCUAAAGGGAGGGAGUUUGGGGAAGAUGUGUAGCUCAGUAGCAAAACAUCUGCCUUGCAUGCAGGAAACCCCAGGUUCAAUCAACCCCAGGUAGUGCUGGGAGAGACCUGCCGGAAACCCUGGAGAGAUGCUGCCAGUCAGUGUAGGCAGUACUGAGCUAGAUGGCUCCACGGGUCUGACUCAGUGUAAGGAGCUUUCUGUGCCCCUAUGUUCCAAUGCCUGGGCCCCACAACACAGAAGGCCAUGGCUCACAUGCUCAAUGGCCCCACAGCAGACAAUGAUGGGAUGCAUAACAGGCAUGUGCAAAAGGGUUCACAAGCCUUUCGACAACCCUGUGAGUCAAGUCCCUAUAAAUCCUCUAGGGACCCGCGUGGUUCUGUGGUCUAAAGCACUGAGCCUCUUGGGCUUGCCGAUCAAAAGGUUGACGGUUCGAAUCCCCAGGACAGAGUGAGCUCCCAUUGCUCUGUCCCAGCUCCUGCCAACCUAGCAAUUUGAAAGCACACCAGUGCAAGUAGAUAAAUAGGUACCGCUGUGGCAGGAAGGUAAACGGUGUUUCCGUGUGCUCUGGCUUCCAUCACAUUGUUCCGUUGUGCCAGAAGCAGUUUAGUCAUGCUGGCCACAUGACCCGGAAAGCUGUCUGUGGACAAGUGCCGGCUUCCUCGGCCUGAAAGCGAGAUGAGAGACGCAACCCCAGUCACCUUUGACUGGACUUAACCAUCCAGGGGUCCUUUACCUUACCUUUAAAUCCUCUAUGGCUGGGAUGAGAGGAUGGGGUGGGGGCCUCUGAUGCAACACAAACGCUACAAGUUCUUAAGCAAGGAGGAGAUUCAAGUACACAUCCUUUCCUAUCCUAUGCCCAACAAUAUUAACUUUUGGUGUGUGGUUUAUCCAUUCUCUUACCCAUUCCUGUCCCCUGAAAAGUGUGCUUUUACACGCCAGUAGGAGCUAGCAACCCUGGCUGACUGGUCACACAUGCAUCUUUCUCUCUUGGCAGUAAGAAACACAAAGCAAAAGAGUGCAAGGGCCAUCUGAGCUCAAACACCUGGUGCAAAUGUUUAAUCUGUUUUGCAAUAUUUUUCACUGGGGGCAGUUAGCUCAUUCAGCUAGUAGCCUUCAUGCUGAAUAUUGAGAAAUCAGCUGAAGAGAGCUAUCCACACAGUACUUAAUUCUAGAUGGGGAUGUCAGCGCUUCUGUCUAUUCCCAUUUCAUAUAUUCCAGGCUCUGUAAACAGAAGCCAAAGCUGGAGCUGUGGCACAAAUCAUACCUAUAUAAAUAAGCAUUUUGUGUAAUGGUUCAUGUCCCAGUUCAGUGUCCAGGAGUCUAUCAUGCUUAGCAUUAUUUAUUUCAUGUUGUUUAUGUUAUUAAAAAUGCUUCUGUCCCACAUAUUCACCCAUGAGUCCCCAAGGCAGCUAAGGAUAUAAAACAAACACAGCAAGAUUAAGCAACAGACAAGCAAUCAAAUAAACAGUAAGCAAUCAAAGAUGUGCUCUGGAAGCACAAAUACUAAAGCAGUCUUCCGCAACUGUGUCACCAGAUGUUUUUGAUCUUUAGCUUUCAUCAUCCCCAAUCAUAGGUCAUGCUGUAGUCCAUGUUUAGCUGUAAUCCAACAAUGUCUAGGGACCAAAGUUUAGGGGAGGCUGUACAAAUGCCACAAUAACUGCAAGCAGAAACACUGAGCAGUAGUUAAUCGCUAACGUAGCCCACAAUGUAUUUUUCAUAGCAAGAUGCUGGGCUCGCUCUCAGUGUGGCGUAGUGGACGUAUACCAGGGAGACCCAGAUUCAAAUCCUCCCUGAGCCAUGAAACUCACUUGCUGACCUUGGCCAGCUGCUGACUUUCACCCCAACUCUCAGCCUAACCAACCUCACAGGGUUGUUCUGAGGAUAAAAUUAAUAAGGGAGAACCAUGCACUCUGCACUUUUAACACCUUGGAGGAAGGCAGGGUGUAAGUUUGGUAAAUAUAUAAGUAAACUUUUCUUCCGGCUGUCGCCAUCCUUCUUCCAAUUCACCUUCCUUUUGAGCUGUUGGAUGAGAUGGGUCAUAAAAUUCAUAAAGUUAUCCCCACUGAGUGGAUGCUGGUCAGUAUUGAGAUUGCAGCCCAAUUAUGCCUCACAGAAGAGUACAAAUUAAAGAACCUAUUUUUUAACCUCUUUUCUCAUGUGGAAUGGACACUGCAAGACACAAUCCCAAUACACAGCCCAAACUCAGUGGUGGUAGCAAUCAGUGGGAGCUACUCAGCCUCCACAUUAGAACAGGUGUUCAUAGGUCCCAUGUAACUAUGUACCUUACAUGUAUGGAGUCUCACUACAGUAGAGUGAGUAGAAAACUGGGCCAGUAUUGCGUAAUAUGGCAUUGACGUGGAGUUAAUGAAAGUGUCCAAGGCAUUUCACAUGCAUUUAUUCAGUAAUUCUCACAUCAACUUUGCAUAAGGUACCGGUAGGUCAGUGUCAUAGUCCCCAUAUUGCAGGGGAGGGGCUGAUGAGGCUGAUAGUGGCUUUCUGACGUCUACCUCGUGACUCAGUUUUGAUGUAGGAACGUAUUGGUUCACAUCCGGUUCUCUUUGCCAUUGUGCCACAAUACCUCUGCAUGCAGGCCUUUAGGCGCGAGCCAUCUGCGUAGCUUUCUGCAGCCUACUAUCCAUCCGCUUGCUGUGGAAUGAAAGAAUGGCAGCUUAGAGAAGGAAGUGGCAAUCUCCGACACCACCCUGGACCCCUUUAACUAAUUGCUUCAGUUUUCAUUGCAAGAGAAACAGGACAACAGCAAGCUCCCAGUGGAAGCUUAUCAAAGUGACAAGGGCCCUUCCUGCUUCAAAAGCAUAGUCACAAAGGAGUGAGGGCUGCUGGAGAUGACAAGGCUGCAGAAAAUGGGCUUCCAGGGGCGGUGAGGGCAACAGAAUUCCUUAGAACAGGGGCAGGGUGUUGUCUUCCAGAUGUUGCCAGGCUAGCUACAGCUUCCAUCAUCCCUGGACAUUGCUCAGGCUGGCUGGGACUGGUGAAAAUCAAAAUCCAACAGUGUUUGGCCACAGACUUCCCCACCCUACCUUAGAGUAAGAAACACUGCAUUGCAGGGAGAAAUGAGCUCUUGGGAUAGUCAAGUUUGAAGAUUCCUGCUACAGACUUCCCCCCUUUUGUUUUUCAGUUGUGCAAAUUCCACCAAAACAGAGAGGCAUCAACUCAAGGAUUUUGAUGGAAGGUUUCCAGUAACAGCAGAGCGCUGUUUCGUCAUACUGUUACAUCUGCUUUCGAUGUAAGGGUCUCCCAAUCAAAAAUGAAAAGCAAGCGCUUUGGUAUCCGCCACCAGAGUUGUCGUUUGUGGGGAGGUGUGUAAGCCAUAAAGUAUCAUGCUAAGGGUUGGGGAAAAGAAAGUGUGCACAAAAACAAAACAAAACCCACCUUCAUUUUUUUCAUGCAUUUUAGUGCUUGCUCAGUGCUUGUGUAAGCCCAACCUGGAUCACGCAGUUAAGAUGAGGAUAUCACAGCACCACAUAGCCAAUCAGAUUUGGCUGUGUGACAACAUGGAGAGUAAACAAAGUCCUCUUGUUGCCCCAUGACUGCCUGGUGGAGAGGAAAUUGGUCAGUGUUCUUGCCCAGCCACCACUCCCUGGCUGCAUUCAGAAGUCAGGUCAAAGUAAUGAUUUGUCAUUAAGAACCAUGGAUACCUUCAGUCAUAUGUGCUCCCUCCGCCUUCAUGCAUGUGGAGAGUUUAUACGCUUCUGCUUCUUAUUGACAGAAAACCAUAGUUUGCCAUGUCAUCCAAAUGUGGCAAAUGAUGGUUUGCACAAACCAUACAUUGCAAUCAAAUCAGGAGUCCACACCACAGUUUGAUCCUGGUUUGGGACCCUCAUUUCCCCAAUACUUAACAUGUUUGCUUCUGGUAUUGUGGGUAGGCUCAAAACCUACCUGGAAACUCUCCCUCCUGAAAGCACCACCCCGGUUCAUAGCUUACCGGGUGCAGAAGGCAACACAUUCUGAAAGAUACCUUGAGCUUUGAGCAGCAUCACUUUGUGGAAUGUCAGUCACUACUGCAGUUAUUUGAGAUGGAGAACCUGGGGGUUGUGAUAAACCUCUGGAUUACAGGCACCUCCACCCAUCCCCUUUCCCCUCUUCUUCUACCAGUUCUGCCAAAAGUUACAAGUACGAAUGUGGUAUCGAGAUUGUCAGCACGGUGGGGAGCCUGAUUGAUUUUGCUUGGCUGAGCAUGUUAAGAAUUGGAUUUUUCAGCAUUUCUAUGCCAUUGGGAGGGCGAGGAAAGGUUUGCUUUUGUUUUGUGAGGAUCGUGUGAUUUCGGUACACUUUCGGAACUGAGAGCUCUUUUAAAAAGAAGGAAACUGAAUAUGGCAGUUGUCGAUUUGUGAUGGAUAGGAGCGUGAUUACUGGGGUUUCUGCUCUGAGCUUAUUGCACUAUAGUUCAAUGCACUGCUGGCUAAUUACACUUGCUGGAGAUGUGUUAAUGAUACACCUGUCACUAUCACUGUGUGACAACCCAAAGGCAAGGAGCUGCCUGAUGAGUAAUCCCAGCAUUGACCUGGGUAUAUUAUCUUGUGCUUCAUUUUUUUGUCAAGCUGUAUUUCCAGAAUCUCGAGAUUCAUACACAAGACGAGGCCUAUGACACCACAGAUGGGAGGGGCAGCAGCUGUUCCCCCACCCACCCAGCAUUCAUAUAUAUAUUUGUGCAUGAUGCUUGCAAAACAUUUUUAUUCGGGGCUGCUCCGCACGUGGAUGGAUAUUACUUCCAUGUAGGAAAGUUGUAUGCACAUUACCACUUGCGGCAAAUAGACACAUGCUGAGUAACUGCGAGUGGCAGCAGGGUUCCAUCAUGUGUGUGAUGGAUUCAGCCCAUUAGGUUUGACCUAAGGGACUAUGGGCAAACAGAAAGUAGUUGCUCAUCCUCUACUGCAGUCUUUCAUCUGAGCUUCCACAAGUCUUUUUGAGCAGUAUUAUGAAGAUAGGGUCCAUGGCAGUUCUCAUGUGUGAGAAAAGCGGGACUAAAUCUAAAGCAAUGCAAUACUCAAUUUAAGGUGAGCCUUUCUGUGAGUAGGUACCAACUGCAUGCUGGAGUAUUCCUAAAUCCUUCUCUGUAGUGUUUUUUGGGGGGGAAAUGAGACUAGUUUUCUACCUCUAAUAGAGAAAGUGAAUCUACUGUAUGUGUCCAUUAACAUUUGUUUAAUGGAGCAGAGCCAAUUUUGCUAGGCUGAUCAACUAUCAUAGAUGCAGAGGAUCAUCAGACAUAUGAAUCUGUCAUAUGGUUUCUCUCCAUGGAAUAUUUUUGUGGCUCUUGGCCAAUUACAGAAAGACGUGUUUUGUUUUUAAAGGUAGGAGGUGUUUCUGAUCAGGAAAAAAAAUAGUAACACGACUCUCUUAGCAACUACCCACAUUAAUAUUUGCUAUAUGGAUUCCACACUGUAUAACCACAAGAUAUUAGUUUCGUAAUAAUUGUUCAGGUUCUGUACCAUUUUAAACUACAGAAUUUAUUUUUAUGAACUGGCAUUUUUGCCAGUACUGGGCUACAGGAUGGUCACUGACACAUAUUCCACUGUCAGCAUAUGGAAUAUGCAGCAUGGAUUGCAAAAGUCUAAAAUGCAUUCCUGUCGAAUAUCUUUUGAAAUGGGUUAUGUGCGUUAUUAUGAGCUAUUGUGUUUUUAUGAGUCUCAUAUAUAGAAUAAUUGCAAACUUUACAACCUUUAGAAGACAUCUGAAGUCAGCCAUGUAUUAGGAAAUUUUUAAUGUUCAAUGUUUUAUUGUUUUUGUAUAUGCUUGAAGCCACCCAGAGUGGCUGGGGGGCAACCCAGUCAGAUGGGUGGUGUACAAUUAUUAUUACUCCUGUGAGAAAAAGCCAUAUAUUUUCCUUAGCUCUAUAUGCAUAUCUAGCUCAAUUGCAUAUCAUUACAUAAACUUUGGCAUAUAUGGAGCCAGUAAUAAUUAGAAUAAUAAUAGUAAUUCUUUUAUUUUUAUUAGAUUUGCAUAGUGCCCUAUACCCGUAGAUCUCAGGGCAGUUUACAUCAUACAAUUACAAUAUAAGAACACAAAAUACAUAAUAAAAAUAAGAACAGAAACAGAGCAAUAAUCUGCCCUUCCACAAUACAUUUAAAGGGGCAUCGUUUUAGUGUUUCACUAAUCGGUUGGGGCAGCCACACACAAAAUAAGUGGAGGACAAGAUGGCCGGAUUUUAAUUGGCAGAAAAGAUGAUGCAGGUGAAAAGGUGAAAAUCCUUCCGCAUCGCGGCCGUGUUCCAAAGAGGGACCUCCCACCACUGCUUUCAACUAAAAAACAAACAAACAGGAUAUCCCAUUCACAGAACUCCAAUGCCAUAUCAAGUCUGGCUCUAACACAGCCAGAAAAAGUGUUUGAAAUGACUGGCUAUAAAUGGAUGAACAAACAGCAGCUCAUUGUGGAUAUUGCAACUGCACCCGAGUGACUGAAGUCCCUUAUUCUGACCUAAGUAGGUGAUAGUUCCUUGAUUGUGGCUUCCCCAUCGACUUGGUUAUAAUGAGAGUGAAAUGCACGACUGCUCUGUGGUGCAGUGGCUGGUAGACCUUCAAAUAUCCCUGAUCACUAUGCCUGAAACUACCUGAAUCCAAGGGUGAUGACCUAAAGCUUUUUAUUCUCUUAUAUUUCAGCACCAAACUUGGCAAUGCCGUUUGGAUGCGUUACCCUGGGCGAUAAGAAGGAUUAUAACCAGCCAUCUGAGGUGACUGACAGAUAUGACCUAGGGCAGGUCAUCAAAACGUAAGUCUUUUCUCCUCCUUGCUUUCAAAGCUCCUUCCAACUCUAUGCAUCCUAUACAAAUGGCAUUGGUUGCCAGUGGGGUACUUGUCAUGUGAAAGGGUAGUUUCCGUUGCAAUGACUCCAUUUGUCAACUGCAGUCAACAGACAAGCUGAGACUUAGGUCUGCCCCUCUGUCACUAAGAGCCAUCCAGGUCCACGGGAGUGGUAAAGCUUGAAUGAAACCACAAUGUAAGAUAUACAAUACCAUAUCCAUAUUGCCUAAAUAAUUUGUCUGUUUAGGCCAUGGCCCUGAACAGCAGCAAUUCACUGGCAUUUUGGAGCUUAAGUGAACAUGGAAACUGAAGGGGUUCUUUUUUCUUAAUAGAAUUCAACAAACAGGUAUCUAAACUGCUGCUUAUUGCAGACGUAGGAUUGCUGACCAAGGCAGCUCCCCACAUCACGUUCUCCCCUCUCUCCUUCCCCACAUCUUUGUUGCUGGCAGGGAAUAGGAAAACACACAAUUUGAGCUUGCACUACACAUUAAGUGCAGCUAAACAAUAUGGGGAGAGAGGGCUAUUUUCAGUGGCCACCCAUAUCUCCUGUAAUGGGUCACUUAGUGCACACAGUAAUAGUAAUUUUCCGUACUUAGACAGCACAUAGUUCUGCUGGUUAGGCUUUGUGGAUUAAGCCAAUAACCACCCAUUGCAGACCAGGAGGUGAGGACUCAUGUUGAAAAGGCAGUGCCUUGCCCAAAAUGGCAUACAGGCUGCUCACACAAUCCCACAUGCAUACAACAAAUGUGUUUAGGAGGGAGUGGAAUCAUAGUGGCAAGCUCUAGGCACAUAUUUUUGUACAUUUUUGAAGUACCUAUGGAUGCAGACGCAUACACAGAAGUUGAGACUGUGUUUAUCCCCUGCCACUUAUACAAAUCUCUACAUGUACAGUUUAUAAAUUUAUACACAUGUGGGCAAAUGUAUGUACAUAUGGUAGGGGCAGAGCUUGUUGAUUGAAUCCUGCUCCUUUAUAUGUGCACGCAUUAUAAACAUGAGGCUACUAGCAUCAUGGUGAGUUUAAGUUGAGACUUGAACUAGGGAUUUCCUGGCUUGCAGCUCACAUACUUUUUUCAGAAGAUAUUAUCCAGGGCCAACAUAUUUGGGUACUAAAAGGCUUUGCUUGCACUCUCUCGUCAAGGUUCUUUUCAGCUUCCCCCCAGGUACUUGUUGAUUUUAGGUCUAGUGCCAGUAUUUAGCCUUUGCACCGUCUUUGGGCUGCAUUGCCAAACAACCCAAUUCUGAGAAGACCUGGUCCUGGUGCAUCAAGAGACUCUAGCGGCCUCACACCAGCCAUGGAUGAAAAGGGCUGUAGCUCAGUGACAGAGCAACUGCUUUGCAUGCAGAAGGUCCCGGGUUCAACCCCUGGUGUCUCCUGGUUGUACUGGGAGGAAACCCUGGAGAGCAGCUGCCAGUUAGCAUAGACAAUACAGAGCUCCAUGGGCCAAUGGGUCUGACUCAGUAAAAGGCAGCUUCCUAUAUUCCUCCACUGAACAUGAAAGGAAGUAGUGUGAACCAUUUGGCCAAGCUCACAAUUUCUUAUGUUAGCACAGGCUUAUAGGAAGGUUGCUGCUCCUUAGCUUUCAUCCUACCCCUACCCCAUGCCUGGACUUCUCCAAGACCAAUCACAUUUUGGUGGGACCUGGGAUAGAGUGCUUGAAUUUGGCAUGCAUCUGUUAGACAAUAUGGUAAAUAGAUGUAUAUAUCACUCUUGAGAGGGUGGGUGACUCAUGAAGUUAAGGUAUACGUGGUCCCUCUUGGGCUGCUCCAGCUGCUGGGCAUGGACUGCUUAAAUCUGAAGGUGGGUGUUCUUUCACCAGAGAGGAGUUCUGUGAGAUAUUCCGUGCCAAGGAGAAAUCAACAGGGAAGCUCUAUACAUGCAAGAAGUUUCUGAAAAGAGAUGGGCGCAAAGUGCGGAAGGCAGCAAAGAAUGAGAUCAUCAUCCUGAAAAUGUGAGUUGUGAAUGUCCACGCUGAUUGAUACAUUGGUCUCUGCUUUUUUCAGCUGCUGUGUUGCUAUCUUUUUACUAAUUGUGGUAGAUAAUCAUAGUGUGUCCACAUCCACUACAGCAAGAAAUUAUCUGGACUUUCUCUGAUUUUCCAGAACGGCUCCUACAUUGACCCAGGCAUUGCCAAUAUUUUCAGGAGGAACUGGAUGUGCAUUGAUUGGCCAGCCCAUGCGUCAAACGCAAAGCCACAUUCCUCACUCUCCCCUCCUCAAAGCAGAGUCCUCAAAUGGAGUCACAAAGCCACACAAAGCCAAUUCUUGAAAUAGGUUCUUAAAUGUAAAAAAAAAUAUGUAAAAACACCUUAAAGAUUAAAUACCAGACAGAUGUUUGGGCAGAGAAAACAAACAAGCUCUACUAGUGCCAUGACAAGAGCAAAACUGGCAGGGAAGCACAACACAACUCACAGCAAAAACAACAAACAGCAGAACGCCUAUUCCUAUUUGAAAGCUCAUCUUUACACAGUGUUAAUAGCUCUUUUAAAAAAAACAACUAUUGGCAUUGUACACUGGAACAUCUGAUCCCAGAUCAUGUGCCAGAUAGCUUAUCCUACCUAUAGGUGAUAUACAGUGUUAGAGUAAACUCACUGGGUGGAAUUCAACAUCACACUAUUACAAAAGCUCCAUCUGUGCAGGAAUAUCAGCUUGCCAGAUAGAAUGACCCCCCCCCCACCGUCCUGAGGCUUCUGACAGACACACACACACACACACACACACACCGAACCAGGAAUGGGGGCAAGUCCCAUUGCACAAGCAAGAGCCCUUGUGCAGGGCUUCUGCUAAUGGGGUUCAUUAGGUGACUCUUGCCCACUGAAGCCCAAUAACUUAAGUUUAUUGCUUUCAAUGGCUCUGCUCUGCAAAUGACAAACUUUGCAGGUCACUCUGUAUGAGUGAUAGGGAACCUUUAUCAGAAUGAGGGAUAUACUUCCUUCCAAGGAACCUUGCCUUUAGUGGGCCCUGCCGUCGUUGCAGUCAGAAAUGGGGGGGGGGCUUUGCCUGCUACUCUCAGUGAGAAACUACCAUGGGUGCCCAUGGGAAGUAUCUGGAGUACUGUGGCCACUGAUGAUCCAUGAAGGAUGCUGACAAACAGAAAAAAAUAUUUAGGGGAGAGCUUCAGGAAUGAUGGAGGCUUUUGAAGGCUAAUUCAGUGCUGAAGGAAUGCGGUGCAUUCUGUCUCAAAAAGAGAUUGUUAAUCUAUCCCAGGUAUAGGCAAACUCCGGCCCUCCAGAAGUUUGGGGCUACAAUUCCCAUCAUCCCUAGCUAACAGGACCAGUGGUCAGGGAUGAUGGGAAUUGUAGUCCCAAACAUCUGGAGGGCCGGAGUUUUCCUAUUCAUGAUCUAUCCAUUAAAGAAUCCUUAUUUACCACAUCCACUGAGGGAAGAACAGGGACUCAGAUUUAAAUGAUAAGGAACAAGAUUUAGGUUGCAAUGUACUUCCAAAUUAUGGAAGCAGCAAACGACUGGAAUACGUUACAAAUAAAGGUGACAGCAUUCCCCUUGGAAGUUUUCAAGUAAAAGUUGAGCAGGUACCUGCAAGAAAUACUUUGGUGACAGGAUCUAUGCCAUACGCCAGCAGGUCUCUUCCAACCCCUAGCUUUUCUCUUCCUUUCCUUUCCCUACAGGGUGAAACACCCCAAUAUUCUGCAGUUGGUGGAUGUGUAUGUUACCCGGAAAGAGUACUUCCUCUUCUUGGAGCUGUAAGUAGUUGUUACCCAGAACUCCCAAGAUGUUGCAUCCAUAGUGGCCUCUCCCUUUUGCUCUGUUGGGGCCUUGGACUGCUCUACUGUGCCUGCUCAGCUGCAAACCGUCUUGUCGGCACUUCACAGGGUGCCUUCCCAAAGAGUGAUUAGAAGCUUCUUCAGGAGACCAUCCAUAAAGUGAAAGAUGGAGGGCAUGAAUUUACUCUUCACUUGUUCUCCACACCAUUCAUGAAUUUCUGUUCAUUUGAGGAAACAGUUGUAAAACAUCUGCUUUGCAUGUAGAAGGUCCCAGGUCCAAUCCCCGGCAUCUCUAGGUAAGGCUAGGAAAGGCCGCCCUCUGAAACCCUAGAGAGCUGCUGCCACUCAGUGUCGACAAUACUGGCCUAGAUGGAUCAGUGGCCUGACCCCCAGUAAAGGCAGUUGCGUGUCGAGACCACGAAGCCACCCCCUCGUUGAGAAAUAACACACAAAAGGACACAGAUAUUAGAUUAAUGUUAUUGGGCAAAUUUUGGCCACAACUUUAUUGAUAACAGAAUGUGAGCAGUAUUGGCUAAGGCAUUGAAUGGACCUGACUCCUGCCCGAUGCGCAGGGAGUCCGAUAAGGGUAAACCACCAGAAGGGGGAGCCCCGUCGAUGCAUACCAACUUGAUCUCCCUCUGGUUUUCCCGUCGGGGUCGUGUCAUGGCCCUAGCCCCACCCCGGGCUUCAGACAAGAUCAACACCCCCGGAUUCCUUUAAUGGAAUACUCUUAAGCUUGGAGGGGCAGGUGAUGGCCACACCUCACCUCCCCCAUCACAAGGUCAAACAAUGCCUAACCGCAACCCUAACAAAGUUGUUAUGAUUGCUACGAGGUAGGCGAAAACCAAAUGGCCAGUGCCAAUUUGAUUGAGGAAGCGAGCUAAAGAGGAAGCUCUCCGGCUGGUGCCUCUGUUUAAAUAGUCCCGGCCAUGCCCCCCCCCGGCCAGCGGAUUGGCUGGUCGGGAUCCCCCAGGCAACGGGGGACUAAGUCCCCCACCCCUGGAGGAGAGUGGGCAGCCACGGGGUCCACCGCAACUCCUCCCCACGGGGAAGUAGAGUGGAUCUUCUUCAGCUCCAUUUUAUACUCGUCAUGGUUUAGCUUCUUUCUUCUUCUUCUUUGGCAAUCACUCGUAGCUGACUAAGACUGUCUUCCAUAAAAACAAUUUUAAUAGUGAGUCCGUAAGUGACUGUGGAGGCCAAUUCUGGAUCCACACGUCCUUCCACAGUGGGGACAUAGGUUUUUAGGCAGGAGUUGAUUGUGGUGAGGGUUUGCCAAGCGUGCCUUCCUCUUAGCACAUUUCUCCCUUGCGUCCUGAGUUUGAGCAUCUUCAAAGCCUAUGACACCUUUGGUAAAGGCUGUUCUCCAACUGGAGCACUCAUAGGCCAGUGUUUCCCAGUUGUCUGUGUUUAUACUACAUUUUUUUAGAUUUACCUUGAGAGAGUAUUUGAACCUCUUUUGUUGACCACCAGCAUUAUGCUUCCCAUUUUUAAGUUCAGAAAAGAGUAGUUGCUUUGGAAGACGAUAAUCAGGCAUCCAAACAACAUGACCAGUCCAACGAUGUUGAUGUUGAGGAAUCAUUGCUUCAACACUGGUGAUCUUUGCUUCUUCCAGUACACUGGCAUUAGUUCGCCUGUCUUCCCAAGUGAUGUGUAAAAAAAUUCAGUCAUGGUUUAGCAAAAUUGUGGUGAACGUGCUUCUCUGUCCAUGGUGUGGCAACCCUUGCCUUGCAGGUUACACAAUUUCACGACUUCCCUUGCCACUUUGUCUCUCUUCUCUCAUCUGCAGGGCUACUGGCCGAGAGGUAUUUGAUUGGAUCUUGGACCAGGGUUACUACUCUGAGCGUGACACCAGUAAUGUCAUCAGGCAGGUGCUGGAGGCUGUGGCAUACCUGCAUUCACUCAAGAUUGUACAUAGGAACCUCAAGGCAAGUCCGUCAAUCCUGCUGCUAGCCUUUGCUGCACAAACGUCUGAGCCAAUUAUCCAUCCCAUCCUCAUGGGCUCUUGCUUCCUCCAAGAAGCAGACAUAAGCAAAUAUAAUAAUGCUGCCCUUCCUAUUCCGUUCUUUCUCACUGUUUUCUGUGACUUACUGGCAAGUCCCAUUCAUGAUUCUAUAUACAGAAAUAGAAGCAGACCCAUCCUAAAUACCUAAUACCUUGCUUUGCCCAGAAUAAUUUACGCGUGUGUGUGUGUGUGUGUGUGUGUGUGUGUGUGUGUGUAUUCUGUCCUUAAAAGAGAAUUCAAAUAAAAGAUGUCAUAAAAAAUUCCAACAGCAGCAGUGAUUCAUAGAAUCAAGCAAUCAGCAAGGGAAAAACCUUAACAUAGCAAAUGGUAGGCAAAAUGAAGAAGCUAAAAGCUGAUUGUUUAAGAAGGCUUUUAACUAGGCGCCUUAAAAUAUACAGGAUCAGUGCUUGAUGGCUCUCAUCUGGAAGGGCCCUCUGUGUGGCACAGCACUGUGGGCUGGAGGGAGCCAUUCAGCAGUUUUGCCGGGGGAAUUCCUUUCUCAUUCAUCUCUUCCCCCACCCCUUUCCUGCUGUGUCCCUGCAGCUAGAGAAUCUAGUGUAUUACAACCGCCUGAAGAACUCCAAGAUUGUGAUCAGUGACUUUCACCUGGCCAAGCUGGAGAAUGGGCUCAUCAAGGAACCCUGUGGGACCCCUGAGUAUCUAGGUAAGAGAUGGCACAGUCAGCACAACCAGAUGAUGUUUUCAUGGAAGGACCCAAUGGGGGUGGGGGGAAUUAUACCCAUAUAGUAUAAAAUCCACCAGGGACUUGCCAUCUCAGACGCCAAUGCAGAUGAAAUGCAGUAGGUGCUGAUUUCUCCAGGAAACUCGCGCCUUUGAGAUUAGCUUGUAAGGUUUCAUGAUGGAAAAGGCAGAACCAGCCACAGCUAAUUUCAUAUUCCAUCGAAAAUAACAUUCCUGCUCUCCACAAUUCUCACACAAGAGACACUCAUUCAUUCAAAGCCAUAACUGCUGUCUGAUGAGACAUGUAGUGCAAUUCCCCAAGCGAGAGGGGAGUGAAUGUGGCUCCCUGGAAGAUGUGAGGGGUGUUUCCAGGGUGGCUCACUCAUAACAUGGGUGUUAAAUGCUCCUGAAAUGUUGAGAUCUUUGGGGACAGUUUCAUCUCUUAUUAAAAGAACAACAACCCAGUUCUACCUCUCUAAACCUGCAGCACAUGGGACGUUGUCUGUCAGGGCGCACUAGUUCUGUUUGCAGGGAAGUGUUAUAGGUUCACAUACACAGUCCUUGCAGCUGCUUUCAGAAGUAGUAUAGUCCCAAAGAUGACUGCACCAGGUCAUAUUUUAUCAGUGUUGAUUUCCACUCCGAUCAAGGCAAAGUUUAUGAAAUCCUAUGUCCUGGAGUUGUGUUUCAUUGCCCUAUAUGUUCAUGGGAGCAGCACUUGCCAUCUGUUCUUGUCCUUGCAGCUCCUGAGGUGGUCGGGCGCCAGCGGUAUGGACGGCCUGUGGACUGCUGGGCUAUUGGUGUGAUCAUGUAUAUUCUGUAAGUAAGGAGCAAUGAAGAAUACUGGAGUCCUCAGCCUAUCUUACUGGUGACCGGGGGGGGGGAGAUGGAGGAGGGUUAGAAAACAGGAUAUGAGGAGGCUGGUGGCUAAAGAGAAGGAACUAAAAGCUAUCUACAGGAGAAGAACCAUUCUCAGCUCUUGCAACGGCAAAAGGGCAAAAGAUUGUAUAUGGUCAGAGGCUUCACUCAGUGGCAAAACUGUACACCUAUCAUUUCAUAUGACUGUCAGUGCGAUCAGUUAGAUUUGCAGGCAUGACAGGGCCUUUUUGGUAGUAGCCCCAUGAGUUUUAAGUUGAGGGGUGCAUUUGCAGGCUUUAAGCAGACAUUAAAAAUUCAUCUAUUUCAGAUGACUUUUUCAUAAAAUAUGUUGCAGUGUCCUGCAGUCUUUAUAAGGUUUUUAAGGCAGCAGUUUGAUUUCAUCCCUGCAGACGCACUCCAAUGUCUCUGAAGGCUGACAGAUGCCAACGACAAAAAGGCUUAGCUUGUUUUAUGUGGUCUUUAUUAUGGUGAUUUUAUGGUUUUUAUUUUUGGUAUCGUAUAAUGUUUUCGUUUCGUUUUUAGCAAUAUGUCUGUUGUUAUUCAGUUUUAUAGGAAGACACCUUGUUGCCCUAAAAGGCAGCUUAUAAACCUUUUCAAUAAAUAAAUCUCUUGCAGCUGAUCUCCUUCCUAUAGCUAAUUUCUCCUCCUACCGCUGUGCUACAGGUUGUCAGGAAACCCACCAUUCUAUGAGGAAAUGGAUGAGGAUGAUUAUGAAAACCAUGAUAAGAACCUGUUCCGUAAGAUCCUGGCAGGCGACUAUGAGUUUGAUCCUCCCUACUGGGAUGACAUCUCUCAGGCAGGUAAGGUUCUAUGAAUACUGGAGAGAAGGAAAACGCAUGCUGUUACUUGUAGGAGGUACACCCACAAACCAUGAAGGGAAAUACAGUCUCAACGGUUCUUUUAUCCAAUCGACAGCAUUCCCACCUAGCAGAUGCCCUGCAACAAUAAACUCCUACCUGAUUCUCCCAGUCAUGUACGUCUCAAUAAAUGUCAGUGCUAUUCUAGGGGAGGUAACUGUGAUCUCUUCCUUGGCUGAUAUGUGCCCCUAGUAAAGGACCCCUGACCAUUAGGUCCAGUCGUGGCCGACUCUGGGGUUGCGGCGCUCAUCUUGCUUUACUGGCCAAGGGAGCCAGUGUACAGCUUCUGGGUCAUGUGGCCAGCAUGACUAAGCCGCAUCUGACAAACCAGAGCAGCGCACGGAAACGCCGUUUACCUUCCCGCCAGAGCGGUACCUAUUUAUCUACUUGCACUUUGAUGUGCUUUCGAACUGCUAGGUUGGCAGGAGCAGGGACCGAGCAACGGGAGCUCACCCCGUUGCGGGGAUUUGAACCACCGACCUUCUGAUUGGCAAGUCCUAAGGCUCUGUGGUUUAACCCACAGUGCCACCCGCGUCCCGCUGUGCCCCUAGUACCUCCCUCGUAAAGAACCGAAUUAGGUAUUAGGCAAGAAAAAUCACAGGAGACUUCCAGUUUCAUCUGAUGAAUGGUAGUGAGAGGAGACACUACAUCCUUUUCUUCUUUGUUUCUCCAGCCAAGGACUUGGUGGCCCGUCUAAUGGAGGUAGACCAAGACCAGAGGAUUACAGCAGAGGAGGCUAUUUCUCAUGAAUGGUGAGUGCCAAAUAGCUGUUCCUGGUAAAAUAAGGGUUUCCUAUCAAAAGAAGGACUUAGGACCAAGGAGAAUGUGAGGAAAUGCAGAGAGGUAAGGUGUGUAAGGUCUUUAUACUCUUAAAUUGUCUUCAUGCCCUAGAAAAGACACUGAAAAUCCUAAGUAGGGGUAGCCAACCUCCAGGUCUUUGGAGUACAACUCCUACUGGUUCCAGCCACCACAGCCAAUGGUCAGGGGCAGUGGGGAUAUUAGUCCAAGCACAUCAUCUAGAGGGCACCAUGUUGGCCAGCUUCUGCUAUUGAAUAAAAUAAGCAGAAGCUGGUGAAGGGAGAAGAAACAAGGUGUUUCAGAUGUUAUAAGCACUGAAAAUCUAGAUUGGUUUGAGCAGAGGCCAGGGCAUUCAUGGUAAUUGCUGGCGUAGAAAGCUGCCUUCCCAUUUAUGCCCCAACAGUACAGGCCCGUGAGCAAAGCUAAGGAAGGAAGUUAGGCUAAGGAAGGGUAAUUGCCAAGAGACACAACUCAUUGUCAUAUUUUUUCUGUUCUCAGGAUUUCUGGCAAUGCAGCUUCGGACAAGAACAUAAAGGAUGGAGUAUGUGCUCAGAUUGAGAAAAACUUUGCCAGGGCAAAAUGGAAGGUAAGGUCCCACGUACUUGGUGCUGCCAGCAAGAAUCCUCUUUUGCACUUGAGGAAGUUUGAGAUCGCCUCAAGAGAGGGGACACAUCCCGGACUUUCCCAGUCUGUCUCCAAAUCUCCCCUACUUUGUCAACCCUUAUGGGCAUUGGUUUUAUUUGCAUAAGGCCGCACAAAUAUGCAAAGAAUUAAGGCUAGCCUCACUGCAGUUUGGUAGGAAACAGAAAUGCCAUUGUCUAUUCCUCACUACAUUUAUAGUAGUGGUAGAGCAACUAGAGUGUUGAGGAUGGCUAGAACGAUUUCAAAAGGGAAAACCCAGACUCAAAUCCCCUUUCAGCCAUGAAGUUUGCUAAGUGGCCUUGAACACACCCGUCACACAAUUAGUAACUGAAUGGCUUUUCAACAAUAAAUUGCAGGCAUGGGCCCCAUCCACAUCAUAACUUUUCGCCCCCUGUUGCAGUCCCAGUCAGGAUGCAGCUGCAAUUUGCAUGGAAAGUGGGAUGCACCCAUUGGGGUGAAUGCUAAUUACAUGAAUGGACCUUGUCUAAUUUUACCCUCAGUUAAACUGACACUUUGUUAGACUUAAGGAAUGGCAGGAAGCAAUUAAUAAUUUCUGCCAAAGUUGUAAUCUAUUAACUAACUAUUGGAAGAGGCCUUACUACCAAAAUAUUGAUCAGGAGACUUUGAUUUCAUGAAUAUUGUAUAGACUUUUGCGAGUAAUAUGUUUGUGUUGUGCUGAAGAAUAUAUUGGUAGAACCUGAAGAAUCUAUAUUAUCUCAAAUACUGAUAAGAUGUUAAUAUUUUGAAUAACUUUAAUACUUUAUAAGUACUUUGUAUUAAUUGCAUUUUACAUUAUUAAUUUUCAUGUAAUAUUCAUCUGUACCUUAAUUAUUUUUUAUAAACCUUUUUAUUCUUUGACAUCUUAAUCUUCCGUGAAAUUUUGCCUUUAACUCCUCUAUUAAUAAUAUUUAUUAACUCUAUGGCUUAUGACUUUUAUAUAUAUGGUACAAUGUUCUAUCUAUCUUUAAAAAGAAACUUUAGCGAUUUGGAUGAGGAAAGUUGUGUAUCCCACUUGGGUUCUUCUUCCUUGAUGGUAAUGGCACAUGAAGAGUCAGUUUCCCACUGGAUAUUCUGGAAUUUUUACUUCUCAGUGAGAAAGGAUGCUUCACUGAGGACUAGACCACCCACCACCACCUCUGCCUUCUCCUGCCCAAAUGUACUUUUUUAAAAAAAAAUUGGGCAGGGAAGCAGGAGGCAACAUACACGGGCUUUUGGGAAGUAUACAACUGGUAUACUCAGAAAGACUUGACCUUUCUCAGGGACAUUCCCACAGAAAACAUUGCCAUCGCUAAAAUGUAAAUUGGAUGUUAUCCCCUGCCCCAACAUUUUUUUUUAUUUGAGGCAGGGGAGGAGUAGCAUUCAGGGACCACCUCUAGUUUUUCUAUAAUUCAGAAGAUUUUGUGGACUAAAAAGAAAAAGAGUAAAUUGGUUAACUUCCAUUUCUGAAUACUGCUAGCCUUCAGUAAUAUGGUCAAGAAGUCAUACAAUUGGAUCAGUCAUCAUGAAAUGAAAUAAAGCUCACAGUACAUUUUGGGGCCUAGCUGCUUGCUUUCUCAUGCUUUAGUCUUGAGCUGCCGUUAUAGACAGUGUCUCUUCUCAAGUUUUGUCUGCAGUCACAAGAACUGAAAGCACACUUAUAAAUAAAGCUGAGAUUCUCCAGUGUGAACAUGCUAUAAUUAUAUAUAAUUUUGUGUGUGUGUGUGUACAGACACACACAAGCCAAGGGUUUCAUAAGAUUUGGAAUUAGUGCCAUCAAAUUAUAGAGGGUGGGGUGCAAAGGAAGCAGGAUGGAGGUGUUGCUCCUAUUCUUUCUCCCCGCAAUAAAACUGUGAGAGGCCAUGAAUCGUUACCAACGAACAACCCCCUUUCUCUCGCCAACCUGCAGAAAGCCGUUCGAGUGACCACAAUGAUGAAGAGACUCCGAGCGCCGGAGCACACGGAUGCAGCGAAACCAGCAACUCCUGCCGCUGCCACGACAGACAGUGCUUCCCCAACAGAGACCACCAGCGCCCCACAGGCAAAAGCGGAGGCAGACAGCACGGCUUCAACCACAACAGCCGAAGCAGCCCCAGCAACUACAAUGGCAGCGCCAGCUGCUGCUGCUGCAGGAGCAGCAGCGAGCCCAGAAGAAACGACAUCAACAGCUCCAGCAACUACGGCAGAAACUCCGGCGACAACACCGGCAGCCCCAACCACGUGUAACGGGGGAGAAACUGCUGCCCCCAGUGCCACCCCAGAGUCCUGGAAUGAGGAGACUGGCUGAGUCAGAGGGGAGCAGGGCAAGGGCAAGGGCAGGGCUGUACCUCUCUUUGUUGUAUUUCUCUUUGUAAAUAGUCACUGGCAUGGUACCCCCAACCCCCCAACUGUCCUGGCUUCCCAACCAACCCCUCUGCGUGUGGCUGUCAGUUUGUUUGACUUCUAUGUUUCUCCAGCUAGGUGCCAGCAGAGUUUCUAUUUUUUAUGUGACAGAGUCCAGAGAGACCCCGUUGGGCCCAGGUAAACAACAAGUGGUUGUAGAGGCCUAGCCCAUUGCAUGAAAUUCUCUCUUUUUCUCUCUUUCUCUCUCUUCCCCGCUCCCUCUUUUCCUCUGUUGCUUUCCUUUUCUUUGUCCCAUUUCUCGAUUUGUUUUCUUACUACUCUCUCUCGGUCACUUGACUUGCUACUUGACUCCCUGAGGCUGGUUGGGAGAAGCUGGAGCAAUCAGAUCAGACACAGUAGCCAUACUUUUCAGCCGACUGGUUUGUUAUAUACCAUGGAGGUAUGGGGAAUGGGACGCAGGUCCAGGUCAGGUUGGAGGAUAAAGAGGGCCACACACUGUCAUGGCAGAGCUCUCAAAUUAGUCAUACUCAUUGGAGAUGCAUGUGGAAUUCAUCUGUUCAGCUGCUGGCAAGAUCUUCUGUAGCAAUUUACCUCUAUGUCCAACAUAUGGUUGUGUGUGAACAAAGCUAAUGCAAAAUCCAUGUGAGAGUGUGUGUGCAUUUGCUUGACUUUUCACUGAACUGUCGAUACUGAACUGUCAAUACAACUGGGGUGUAGCUAUCCAUAUAUUUGUGCAGAAGCAAUUUUCCCUGGGGACAGGAGACAACCCUAAUCUGGAAAACAAGCCAACUGUGAACAAGCAGGGGCAAGGAAGAUAAAAGACAGGUGGGAAGCUGUUAUUUAUUUAUUUAUUUAUUUAUUUAUUUAUUUAUUUAUUUAACACUUGCUGCAUUAUCCCAAGACAACAUGUUGAGACUCCUGCAUUGCAGUGGGUUGGAUUAGAUGACCCUCAGGGUCUCUUCCAACUCCAUGAUUCUAAGCACUCAGGGCAGAAUAUUAUUAUUACUACUACUACUAUUAUUAUUAUUAGUUAUGAGAACCUUGCAGAGAGACCUCUAAAUUAUCAACAGUAGUUGUUGGAAAACAAUGUGACAGAAGAAGCAAAUGAGCAAAUGAUCUCCAGAGCAACACUGUAGAGCAGACAGGUGAAUCCUACACUGUGGCAAAAUCCUGUAGAUGGAUUCUGCAGGAGAUUUAUCUUAGUGGAAAUCUGUUGAAGCCUUGUUUAGGUAUUUACAUUCCUGCAACUUUACUGCAAGGUUCCUGCAAGGUUAAGUGACCAGAUGAAAAGACCAUCUGCUUCUGUACCUUUAAUGGGUAGAAGAGGGGAUUUUUGCAGGUAUAACGCAUUAUGCAAAAGUGAAAAAGCUGUAUACCUAUCCAAAUUCCCUCUCUGACACUAUUUAAGGCAUUCAGCUGGGAGGGAACCUAGCAUUUAAGGUGGAAUAGACUUCAAAAGCCAGUUAGGGUUGCAAGAGGGUAGAGUAAAGUAGUAAGCAAUUUGUAGAAUAGGAUCAGCAGAAAGUGUGUGCACACUAACAGCUCGAUCAUGUGCUUCCUUCCCUAUCUGCAGUAGGCAAGAAGCUCAUCUUUCAGUAAAAUGAAAGAAUGUUCUCCGUCACCCUGAAAUACACACUUUAUUUCAAUAGCUAGCAUUCCUGAGCCUAUGUAAUAAACUUUGCAGUCACCAUUUUUGUCAUUAUUCUGUACUGCCAUCCCCCCUCCCAUAAAACAGAGAUGAAAAUGUCUCUCUGCUUCCAGACAUACUGUGAAGAUAAAUGUACUUUACACACUAG